AUGGACGCGCUGACGGAGUCCCAGAUUCAGUUCUUGCGCGAUCUCCAAGAGGCCCUCUUUGCCGUUCGGGAGGCCGAACGUCAGCGUGCACAGACUGGCCCGCCUUUUGCUUCUGCCAGGGCAAAUCGUGAGCGUGAGCGUUCGAGGUCCAGGGACUCGAGUCGCGAUGCGACACAUUCUUCCAAUGCUUCGAGGGAACGGGCACGGGACCUCAGCCCCUCGGGGUUGCUGCGCCAAAUUUGCUGUCUCCGCAAUGACUGUGAGUCUCUUGGACACAGAGUUGACAAUCUCUGCUUGGGACGCACUCAUUUGAUGAAUAGCUUGCUGGCUAGCCAGGAGUCCAGUUCUCCUUUUUCUGCGAUUUCCGAGUUUGUUUUGGAUACCAGGGCCUCCCUCAGGACUCUGCAUUCACGUCUUGAUGAGCUCACACGUGUGGCCGCCGAGACUGCGAUGAGUACAGCUUUUCGUCUUGAUCGUUUGGAGGCCGCUUUGGCCCCACCUUUGUGCCCACAUGAUGGAUCCGCCGACUUGCUCCUGUGCUUGCACUUGCAUGGCCGAGAGUGCUGGCCUGCGACGUCCUGUGACCUCCGGGUGCAGUGGACUCGCUGCGCUCACGACUCGAGCACAAUGCAGGGGGCGAGUAACGGGUGCUCGAGCGAUCAGGGCCCAAGGAUAGACUUCGAAGCUUUGCUGAGCGCGGCUGUGGAUGCUUGUGCUAGCGAUGCUAGACAGCCCGCGGAAUUGCCCUGGGAGCACGGUGUGUUCAAGAGCAUCUUCGAGCCUAGCGAUGUGGUGGGCUGGGAAGACACUUUUAUGUUGCCCGACCUGCCUGUGCCGGAUGAUCCCGAGGCAAUUCUCCCACCUUCAGAAAAGAAGAGGCGUCUUAGAGAAAGUGGCCUCGUUCCUAGAGUGUGUUUUGCGGUGGUACGUAAAAGCCACGGCAUAUCUUGGCAAGAUCAGCGUGACAAGGACCAUGACCGGGCCAUAGCUCGAUGGACCUUUGUUAUCUUGAGGUGGGGCGACCUUCGCCCGGACCUCUUGAUCUGCAAGAGUCUGCUUGAGUGUGCUACCGCAGAAGAACGUACGGAAGUUCUUCGGGAUUGGUUGCACCCCAAAGCUCCGAGUACGCUGCUUAAGCGUGUUAACUCUCUGCUUCGUUUUCACAAAAGUGAGGGAUGGUCCGACGAGACUUUUCCAUAUGAAGAGGGCAGUGUUUACAAGCACAUGGUUGCAGCCAGAGCUGGCGGAGCGAAGCCGGCACAGAUGCGCGCGCUUCGUGAAGCGUUGAUCUUCGUUCGACAUGUCUUCUCAGUUGAGGAGAUUGAGGACGUGAUAUCCAGCAGGCAAUGUCUUGGCGCAGCAUCGAGGGGUGCACGGCGAAAGGCGCGCCGAAGGGCAGACCCUUUGACCUUGAAGAAUUUGAGGCUGCUCCAUUCCAUGUUGGGGGACAAGAGCGUCCCCGCUUGGGAUCGUGUUUUCGCGGGAGCAGCUCUGUGCUGCGCGUACAUGCGAUCCCGAUGGUCCGAUUUUCAGCACUCUAUCUCGUGUGGGCUGGAGUGCGGGGAUGAUGGUGAGAGGCUCUUCCUGGAAUUCACCUGUGAGGACUACAAAACGGUCAACUCUAAAUUCUUUGCGGGUGCACCGCUUCGGAUGAUCGCUCCUGGACGGGGUAUUGCUGGGCCGAACUGGCUCGAUUUGUGGCACGAGGCUCGAGUGGAGGUGGGACUUACAGAGUUCGUUCCACCCCUGCCCACACCAGGCCCUGCAGGAGAACCUACCGGUGCAUCCGUGAGCACUGAGGAGAUGUCUUUAUGGCUUCAAAAGAUCUUCGUCGACCGUGGAUCACUCAGAACAUCUGGUCACACGCUGAAGAGGACUUUUCUUACCAUGGCGACAAAGCGUGGCGUCGAGCACUUGGACCGGUUGGUUCUGGGCGGACACGCAAACUCUGCCGGGAUGGCCGACACUUAUGGCGAUGACGAGUUGGCACGCCCCCUCCGCCUGCUCAUGGCCUUGAUCUCAGAGAUCCGAGAGGGUAUCUUUGAUCCAGAUGCUGGUCGCGCGGGUUAUUUGCGUGGGAGUGGCUUGGAAGAGCUUCGAUUGGGUUUCGGUGCCCAGACGGAAGAUCGUCACCCUCCCUCUGCUGAGUCGUGGGAGAGGGUGACGGGUGACGACGACACAUUUGGCUUGAUCGACGCUCUUGACAAGGCAGCGCCGAGUCAGCCAGGCGCCUUCUUUCCGGGCGAAGCUGACGUGAACCUUAUGGGGCAGGAUUCUGUCGAUGAGCCACCCGAAGCUGAGGUGGGUGACGGCGGGGUAUCCUCUUUGGAUGCAGAAGCCGACAAACUCAUCGGCGAGGAUUCUGACUCUUCUAGUUCGAGUGGAUCAGCUCCGGAAGUGAUGACGAACCGGUUUGACUCAUCAGUGUGUCGCAACUGCAAGAAGGCAGUGGCGGUGAUGCUGCCUGUUCUUGCGGAACACAGCCCUGAAUUCUCAGCUGACCUGGUGCUCGAGCCGUCUUUAGGGAGCGGCGUGUCGCUGGUUGACAGUGAGGCCUCAUUUCGACAGCGAUGUCAGGACGUCGGCGGUGGUGCGAUUCACACUGCACUGUCUGACCAAGGGAUCACUUCCUUUGCCUCGCUUGCAUACUCCUGUGGCACGCCUCAGGAUCGACCCUCACAGGCGGAAAUGGACGCAUUUGCAGCAAAGAUAUUGGGGGCUGCUCCCCGUUUGGGGGAUGUGUCUAUCUUGAAGCGAUUGAUGUUCGAGUCAGCCACAUAUGUCAUAGCUCAGUUGCGUCAAGCUGUGCAAGGGGACUCUGCCGAACAGCCUCGAAAGCUUCCAAUCGCCGAAAAACAGGCCAGGGCCGAAGAUCAGCGCCGUCGGCUUAGUGGGGUGCAUAUAGAGCGUGAUUUGGUCCCUUCCCAUGCUUUGGUGGACCUCUGCUGUCACAUGCAUGAUGUGGGCAUUACUUGGAUAUCGCCGGGCAAAUGCACCAGCCGCGAAUCAGAAAUUCAGCUUUCAACGAAGGACCAAAGCAAAGUCUUUCGACUUGAAGACAACUCGUUGAAGGUCGGAAGUGAACAGCCUAAGGACAUUGCUUCUUGUGAUUCGCCGAUCAAGUUGCAGUGGUGCCUUCAGCGCCGCGGUCUGGCCUUGGACCAGGCCAAGGUGUUGACGUGGGCCCAGCACGAGCGAUGGGUUCACUGCUUGCUUCACGCACUGACUAAGGAGUGCCCUGCAGGGUUCCACAAGCCUGAUAUGAAUCGCAUUGUGCAGGCCGAUCGUGAGGCCUGGUUGAUCAUGGCGUCCGAGGUGCCAUCACUUAAGCCCAGUGCUGCUGGCGAGUACCCUCUGGGUAAGGCUUUGGAUGCUUUGAGGACUGACCCGCGGAUCACCAUGUACUUGAUGGCUACCUGGGGCCGUGCACCGGAUGUUGAGGUUCAGGACCUUGAGCAAGGCUCCCCUGCCAAGCCAGGUGAAGGUAUGUCCCGAGCCGCCAAGCGCCGUCGACGUGCAAAAGAGGUUGCCGAUGUGUUGGCACCCGCGGAGGCGAUAGCAUUGCAAUGCCUUCAGGCCGGCUUUGCUAGUCAUGACGAUUUUCGGAGCUUGAUCACUUUGCUCCCUGCGGAAAGGUGUCUUCGCAUCGGCAUGACACCGGAGUUGUAUGGGAAGCUCAAAGAAAAAGGCUACGACACCUUCGGAAAAAUUGCCUUUGCUGCUGCGAGCUCUCCUCAGGCCCUGACAGACGAGGCCAUCGAUGAGUGGUUGGCCACGGUCGUGGACCCGAGGCCCUCUGCGUUUCAAGUUUCUGUGAUCCGGCGACUCCUCUUUGAGAGCCAGUCACUCAACAUCGCGGACUUGAGGACCCGAGUUGAAGGCCAGCCGGAAAACACCAUCAAGAAACUUCCUACGGCCGAGCGGCUGGCCAGACAAGAAGCCCAGCAAGCUCGCUUGAAAGGUGUUGUCUUCACUGUAUCAAAUCAGCCAUCCCAUGCGAGCAUCGACCAGGUCACCGACAUGUUGGAAAACAAUUCUUUGCGCUACCUGCCCAUGAACAGGUGGACCUCUCGUUCCCAGGAGCUUAGCUUGGCCAAGAAGGAUUCAUCGAUCCAAAUUGACCCGGAGGGCAACCUUAAGCUCGGGACCAAGGCCCCCGAUCCGGUGUGCGACACGAAUGGUGCCUAUGCGUUUCGGCAGGCUUUCUUUCGCCGAUCGCUAGCCCUAGACUUGGGCAACCUGUGCACCUUUGAGGUCAUGGAGGAGUGGGUUAACUCCAUCUUUGAGUUGACCCAGCGUCAGGUUCCCACGGGGUACACCAAGGUCUCCUUGUCGCAGAUCGUAGCAGCCGAUAAGGAGCUCUUCAUCCGUGCAGCCAAUAACCUUGAGGGCAAGCUUCAGAAACCGGUAGGUGCUGCUAAGCCAUUGGAUUCUGAGCUGAAGCGUCUGUCGGUGUCGCAUGACAUCACUCAAUUCUUGUCACCCUUGCUCUCACCGCCUCCACCGGCCCAUCCGACCAAGAGGAAACUUCUCUGGGUGGAUCUGAUGAAAAAGGGGGAGGCCUCUAACUCCGAGGUUGCUGAACAUUUCAUCGAGGGGCCCUACACUGAAGCACAGGUCACUCAGAUCUUCGGCCAUUCGGUCAACGAAGCUUUCACUUCCCUGAUCAAGUUGGAGCUUCAAGGAGCCGACUUUGUUUCAGGCCUAGCUCUGCUGAUUGCCCGGGCUGAAAAGGAACGCUCAGACCGCCUGGGUGUCCCGGCUAGGCAAUGGCUAGGGCGGACCCUUGACCUUUCGAAAGCGUACAAGCAAUUAGCGGUACUACCGCUGCACCGUGACAUUGCCGUAAUCUGCCAUCCCAAUGAGAAGGGGGAACCACAAUUCUUUGUUGCAAACGCAUUGAUGUUUGGCUUGACUUCGUCGGUGUAUGGAUUCGUGAGGGUGGCCCGAAGCCUGCAUUUCUUGCUGUGCAAAGUGCUGAAGAUCCCCUCAGCAAACUACUUCGACGAUUACCCUCUCUUCGCUUUGAGAGAGGGUGCCCAGGAACUUGACGGUUUGACUUCGGAAUUCUUGGAACUCUUGGGGUGGCGCUUCGCCCAGACCGGGAUAAAGGGUCAACCGUAUGAAGAAACCUUCACGGUACUCGGAAUGCAGCUGGACGUCAGCCGCCUCCACGAGGGUGUUGCGGUACUAGCCAACAAAGAAGGCCGUGUCAAGCGCAUUGCCGAAAUGCUUGGUAACAUCUUUGACCGAGGUACCCUUGGCAGGCAUGAGGCACAGGUGCUCCUGGGACUUUUAAACUACGCCUCUGGAUUCUUUGCGGGCCGAUCCCUAAAGCCGGCAUGCCACUUCCUGCUAUCCUUGGUUCGUGGGAAACGCCCGACUGCUGCCGAAAUACAGCGCUUCUGCAAAACCACCCAGGCUGUCUUGAGCACCACGCCACCGAGAAUCCUUCGCAUCUUUGACCCGCGACCGCCCAUCCAUGUCUGGACGGACGGUGCUUGGGAAGACCCUUGGGCUGGAAUAGGUGCGGUUGUUCUAGACACGCUAGACGAUAGCGCUAGGGUUUUUGCUGGUUGUGUGCCCACUAAGCUUUUGGAGCGAUGGAAGCUGGAUGUGGGAUCGCAGCUUAUAUGCGAAAUCGAACUCUACGCCUUAGUCACUUUGCGUCGUAUGCUCCAAAACAGCCUGUGCAACCGAAGAGUCAUCUUCUGGCUGGACAACGAAGCUGCACGCACAUCAGCAAUCAAAGGUUUGAGCAAGAGCGAAUCCAUGUAUCGCUUAGCCCACUAUCUUGCAGUGAUUGAGGCUGAGGUGAUGGGCAAAGCAUACUCAGCUUGGUUUCUGAAAGAAGAAUCUGUGGACCCGACAGCUCCCAAAUCUUUCACAUCCGGCGCAUAUGUCCAUCAGGCCAAAGCCGGACUGCGUUCUAAUUUUCACGCCUUUCCUUUCAGCACUAUGCUUCUCGCCGCCGUCUUGUCGGCGUCUUUUGGCUCUCGCUGCUUCUCGUCUGUUGGACUUUUCUUGAAUUUGAAGGCGCCUCUGCGCAACGACGCCAACAACGAUCAUGCCCAUCCCAACCUGAUCUUGCCUGCCUCUGUUUUCCACAAUGGCCAGAUUUGGGUUGAGGGUAAAGGCGAGUGCCCGUGCCCCGACCCCGACGUGCCACGUCUGGGUUACUUGCUGCCUGUUGCCGACGGCCCACAGUUGCUUCCUUCAGAGCGGUUGCACGCAACUUGCGACUGGGAGGGUACUCGUUUGUUGAUUGUUGGCUUCUGCAUUCGUGACACUGGCCUCCUGUCCGAGGCACAUCGUGCUCGACUCCUUGAUGCUCGUUUCCUCCUGCCUCAGGUUGAGUCCGGUUUGCCUGACGCCGGACCAUCGACAAGUGCAUCAACCUCCAGGCAUACUGGACUGCAGGAGGCCUUUCCUCAACAGGCCACGCCAUUGGUUAUCGAGAUCUUUGCCGGCACGGCUCGGCUUAGCACUGCCUGUCAGAAGCUGGGUUUCCGAACGCUUGCAAUCGAUAAAUCCACCGCACGUGGACGCUUCCCCAUACAACGUCUUGACCUCACCGAUGCUGACGACCUUUGCAUUCUUCUGGAUAUCAUCCGUCUUGAGGCCAAUAUUGUCUGGAUUCAUUGUGCGCCGCCGUGUGGCACCGCGUCUGCGGCGCGCUCCAGACCCAUUCCGGAAUUGACGGCUGCUGGUGUUCGGGUGCCGCAGCCUUUGCGCAGUACUUCCGAACCCCAAGGACUCUCCACUUUGACCGGCGCGGAUCUUGAACGGGUCCAGCAGGCCAAUAUGCUCUACCGUGCUGUCGGGCAAAUUGCUGACCUGGCUCGACAAUUGAACAUCUUCGUCACCGUGGAAAACCCGCGCAACUCUUUGGCUUGGUUGUGCGAUGGUCUGGACGAUCUGUUCCGAUCACCACAUCACACCGUGGUCUACGGUCUACGAUGCCUGCAUGCAUGGUGGCACACGUAUACUUGCAGCGACAGCCUCGUUUUGCACGGCCCUUGGUUGCCUGCUAUUCUGGAAGUGAUGACUGGGCCAUCCCUGUUCGAUCCGAUGAUCUUGCCUCCACACUGCUGGCUUGCUACCCAAAGGGUGAAGAUCGCUGAUUGUACUGAGGAGGACCACCUCAAGCAUGACGAAACAGUCGCGAUAAUGGGUUUCAUUGGGGCAGACGAUCCGUGCUCCGAGCAUGCGGAGAUUGUUUCUGUUGGAAUACCUAAAGAACCUUGCGACUUCGUGGCGGAUGCCGUGAAGGCUGGACAUCCUAGGAAUGCUCUGAACGCGAGCCGGGAAGGACCUUCUUCCAAAGUUGCAGAUGCCAUUCUCAUGGAUUUCGAACAGAGGGAGCGGCUUGCCUCACAAACCAAGGAUCGUUGGAGUCGGAUUGCGGCUACAACUAAGCCCUUGAAUCAGAGCAUGUUGAAGAACAAGCCGGACCACAUUGUGACCGCGUUAGGGGAUAAGAAUCUUUUGGCCUGGAAAAGUAUUCUUGGUGACAAUGGCUUCCCGGACCAACAACUCUGGUCCGACCUGCGCGAUGGACUUAGACUGACUGGAUGGAUGCGGGACACGGGAAUCUUCGACAAGAAAGUCCGUCCCCCGCAAACAUCGCUGGAGCACCUGCUAAGUCAAUCCCAGUACCAAACACCGCUGACCUUGAAAAGGCUACAGAAGACUGUUGUUGACAUCACGGCACGCAAGGCGUGGGCUGAAACGGUGGAGGAAGAGAAAAAGGGAUGGAUCUUUCGGGAUGAAAAUGCAAAUCUCGAUGACAUCGUCUUGGCUCAUCGUUUCGGCUUGCAGCAGAAAGACAAAGUUCGUGUAAUCGACAACGGCAAGGAGUGUGGCCUCAACUUGGCUUGUGGGCUACCAGAGAAGUUCACCUUGCAUGGAGUGGACGUGCUUGCUGGAGUUUUCAUUGAGUUGCUCAACCGUCCUGAAGCUGCCGGCAAAAGGAUCAAAGGGGAAACCAUAGAUCUGGUGUCUGCGUACAAGUUUUAUCCAAUCCACCCUCAAGACAGGCGUCAUCUGAGGAUCGGGGUCUAUGACACCGACUCUGGCAUGGUCAGGAUUUAUGGAACCAACGUUCUUCCUUUCGGUGCCACCGGAAGUGUGGCAGGUUUCCUGCGAGUUUCGGCGGCGAUUUGGCAUACGGGUAUCCAGGACCUUGGCCUGGGAUGGUGUGCCUACUUUGACGAUUUUCCUUUGAUGGCCCUUGAAGGUCAUGAAGACCAGGUUGGGGGAUUGGCUGGAGAAGUGUUUGACGCACUGGGGAUCCAAUACGCAGAGGAGGGGAAGAAGGCAACUGACUUUGAUUACACUUUUGCCGCCCUGGGAUUGCAGUAUGACUUGACGAGAUUCAAUGAGGUCGUGGUCAUCAUUCGGCAUACGGAGGCACGUACUGCUGAGCUGGUGGAGACGCUCGAGGGAAUCUUACGUGAUGCUGUACUUCGACCUAAGGAUGCGGAAGUUUUGAGGGGAAGGAUGCAUUGGUUUACUUCGUAUCUUUUCGGUCGUGCGCCGUGUGAGGCGAUGAGACAGAUCUCCUUGAGGGCUCAAUGCAUGGACUCAUGCACACGGCUCACUGACGACCUGACCGAGGCGAUUCGAACCUUGCUCCGCUAUGUAGUGGACUCCAGGCCAUUAGAGCUGAGGCAAACGACAGGGCGCGAGCUGUAUGUUUUUACAGAUGGCUCGUAUGAGCCCACGGCUGAGAAGCGCGCCGACAUUGGUGGCGUCCUCUAUGACAGCGCUGGCACGCCAUUGUCCUUCUUCUCUGCACAGGUGAACGAGGACGAUCUGCGGGCUCUUGAGGAAACUUCUGAUCAUCCGAUAUAUGAGGUGGAACUGUAUGCCGCAUUGGUUGCAUUUGAGAUUUGGGGACCCUUAUUGGAGGAUUCCUUUUCCGUUUUUUACCUUGAUAACGAAGUGGCGGGCAAGGCCAUGGUUCGGGCGAGUCCCGACCAACUCGCGCCUUCGGCAUCCGCCUCCGCCUGUCAGACGUUUGCUUCUCUUGUGGCUGUGGGGGUCGGGCUGCCUCAGCUGCUGGGAGCCGCAUCUUCUGGUGCUGACGUCUUGCUUGCUCUCGGUGUGCAUCAGCUCCGUGCUCUGUCUUGCGUGUCUCGUGAAGUGGCGCGAGUCUUCUUGGAGAUCCGACAGGCGGAGGUCCAGUACCCUUUUCCUCCACAGCCUCCCGAACUUUUCUGCGACUUCCCUGAGGAUUGGUGCGAGGAUCAGCAAGUUGCAAGUAGUGUCUUCUCGAAACAGGGAGCCUCCUUGUUGUCGGACACAAGCGAUGUCGUCUUGCAAGAGGGAGCCUCCUUGUUGUCAUAUUCGCCAUCACCAGGGCGGGGCGACGGAGUUGACUCCGCGGCUUUGGGUGCCGCAUCAAAUACUUCAGUCGGCGGGCUAAGCAGCUCGCGCAGCAAAGAAACUGAACGCCUUUCUUGUGCGCGGGACGACGCCCUGGGCUCCUUUGUUGGGGGAUUAGUCGAGUUUGAUGUUGCUAAGUUUGGUAAUUUCGACUUGAGCCUUCAACUGCCGUGGGAGACCGAUUUUGCAAAGGGCCUGCUUGAUCCAGAUUGUGUAUGGGACCCCUUGAAUGGCUUCAAGCAGGAUUCGAAGAUUCCUCCUUUGUCGAUCCCAACUCCUGGAAAUCCACUAUCCAAGCAACCUGCCAAGGAGUGUAAUACUGGUGCGAUCUUUGCUUGGGCUGUGUCACUUGGUGCUGCGGCCAGGGACCCUGCAGCUGAGAGAGAGCGAAAGUUCGACCAAGGUGUGUGCAUGUGGAGCCGGUUGGUCCUGAGAUAUUCGGCAUGCUGCACGCUUUAUGAUUGUGUAUUAGAUGGCCAAGGUGCAGGCGAGAACAUUUAUGUUUUGAUCGAAGCUGCAGUCUCAGCGGCCGUGGGAGUCAAGUCGCCACACACCAUCCAUAAGAGAGCGGCUUCCUUUUGGGCUUUCGUUCGUUGGGUAGAUGCCCAUGAGCCUCAGUCUGCCGAGAAGUUGCACGAGGUACAAGUGUGGAACUUUGUGCAGUUCCUUAAAGCUUCCGAGGCACCCGCAUCAAAAGCAUCGUCUGUGAUCAGCUCCUUCAGAUUUGCGCACUUUGUGCUGGGGUUCAAAGUCUCGGGCAUCAUCGAGUCAAAACGAAUUUGCGGUGCCGCGGAGCAGCAACUUGUGAAGGUCAGGAAAUUGAGACAAGCCCUAGAUCUUAGGGUUUCGCAGAUCCUUGAGCUUCAUGCGCGGCUGGAGUCCGGAGAUCUACACUGCUUCGACAGGGCUCUUCUCGCAUCCAUCUUGAUUAGGCUGUAUGCCAGGGCACGUCCCAGCGACUUCUUGUUUAUCGAAUCGGUUGAGGUCGACUGCCCCGCCGAUUCAGACUACCCUCUGCUAGUCUUUGAAGUCUCUGAGCACAAGGGGGCAAGAAAAGUUCAGCUUAAGAAUAAGCUCCUUCCAAUCUUGGUGCCAAUGAUCGGAGUGCAUGGAAAGUGCUGGAUCAACGAGGCGUUGAGCGCCUCUAAGGACGCUGGCAGAGCAUUGCCUGUUGUGCGGGGGCCAUUGUUGCAAGACUUGAUCAGAGAGAUCGUGGCUGGGCGGUUCAUGCCCGACAGCAGUCGGUCGAGUUACUUCCCAAAGAUGCCGAGCACCAAGGUCGGUCUUAGCCGGGACACGCUCCGUGCUUUUGCAGCUCAUGGAAUCGACGCUUUGAGUAAGUUGGCUUACUCGUGCGGGCAACCGGGGGCGCCGUUGCCUCAAUCGGAUUUUGAUGACUUCAUUGCUACCGUGAUACCUGCAGCUCUCUUGGGCGAGAAGGGAAGUGUGAAGAGGCUCAUCUUUGAGAGUCAGGCAUUACUGCUCACUGAUCUGCGUGAACAAGUUACGCAGCCCGACAAGUGGGCUACCAAAAAUGUGCCGACCGUCGAACGGCAGAAGAGAAUGGAAGCUGUGAAAGCCAGCAUCCCAGGAGUGUUGGUUGAAGGGUCCUUGGAGCCGUCGCAUGGGCUCCUCAAUGCUGCUUGCCGCAUGGAACGUGAAGGCCAGCUGCGCUACAUUGCACCUGAGCAGUGUGGCACAAGAAUGUAUGAAAUCCAGAACGUCAAGGCGCAGAGCAAGGUUCUUUCUUUGGAAGAGGGCAAGCUUGCGAUUUCAGAAGAAAAGGAUUUGCCUGAGGUCACUUGUGGGUCCGCCUUGUUGCUGCAGGAGGCUUUGAAAAGGCGUGGGAUCGCCCUUCAGUUUGCGGGUGUGGCUUCGUUCCUCGCUCACGAGAAGUAUGUACUGAAGCUCUUCGGCUACAUGGGCGCGCGAGAGGCGCGUGAGAUGCGCGAAGCGGCGCGAAGCGCGCGAAGCAGCGCGAAGCGCGCGAAACGCGCGAAGCGCGCGAAGGUGCGCGGAGGCGCGCGAGAGGCGCGAAGCGGCGCAAAGCGCGCGAAGGAGCGCGGAGGCGCGCGGAGCGGCACGAAGCGCGCGAAGCGCGCGAAGCCCGCGAAGGUGCGCGGAGGCGCGGGGAGGCGCGCGGAGCGCGCGAAGCGCGCGAAGCCGCGCGAAGCGCGCGAAGGCGCGCGGAGGGGUGCCAUCAGAGGCGCGCGAGAGGCGCAAAGCGGGCGCGGAGGGGUGCCAUCAGAGGCGCGCGAGAGGCGCAAAGCCGGCGCGGCGCGCGGAGGGGUGCCAUCAGAGGCGCGCGAGAGGCGCGAAGCGGGCGCGGAGGGGCGCCAGAGGCGCGCGAGAGGCGCGAAGCGGCGCGAAGCGCGCGAAGCCGCGCGAAGCCACGCGAAGCGCGCGAAGAGGCGCCAGAGGCGCGCGAGAGGCGCGAAGCGCGCGAAGCGCGCGAAGGCGCGCGGAGGCGCGCGGAGGCGCGCGGAGGCGCGAAGCGCGCGAGGCCGCGCGAAGCCACGCGAAGCGCGCGAAGAGGCGCCAGAGGCGCGCGAGAGGCGCGAAGCGCGCGAAGCGCGCGAAGCGCGCGAAGGCGCGCGGAGGCGUGCGGAGGUGCGAAGCGCGCGAGGCCGCGCGAAGCGCGCGAAGCCACGCGAAGCGCGCGAAGAGGCGCCAGAGGCGCGCGAGAGGCGCGAAGCGCACGAAGCGCGCGAAGGCGCGCGGAGGCACGAAGCGCGCGAGGCCGCGCGAAGCCACGCGAAGCGCGCGAAGGAUGGCAAGAAGCGGUUUGCUCCGACCAAGAAGCAUCCGAGUGAGCGUGAACAGAAGGUUGGCAAAGGUGACGGAGGCAAGGGUUCUGGCAAAGGCAAGGGCAAGCGAAUCUGCCUUGUGGUUGCACCCUUGACCCGAGUGUCCACAGCGCAAAAAGUGACAUCCGCGCCACACUGCGGUCAAGACUACCCAUUGCAUGAUAGCAGCUUGGUUGCACCGACCGGGCUUGUGCUCCAAGCUUUUCCGGAGGCCGAUUUUGGCGCGGUUGCAGUUUUUAAGUAUUUGCGAACACCUCUACAUGUCGACAUUAACAACUCUCCGGGAUCGGUAAAUUACUUGAUUCCUGUGUCCUCUUUCACAGGUGGCGAGGUGUGGCAAGAAGGACAGGGAUCCGUUGUUGUGCGCGAUGAGUUGGGCCAUCCACUCAUGGGCUCGCUCCUUCCGGUUGCAGAUGGGCCCUGUGUCGUAGAUCCGCGACGCACCCAUUGUACCAUGCCGUGGGUCGGUGAGCGAGUGCUUCUCGUUGCAUUUAAGCCUGCGCACACUCGUGAUUUGUCCAUAGCCUUCAAGCAGCAACUCCAGAGCUUAGGCUUUCCGAGCCGGGCAUUAGGUUUGUGUGCGUCGGAGGCAAAUUUGUUGCCUCCAUCACCGCCUCUGCCAGAGGCCAGCUUGCUGCCGAUGAGACCGGUUCUUCCGAACUCUGAUGUCGUUUGGAACGACCCCCUUGUUAUCGAGCUCUUUGCGGGCAACGGCCGUGUCACUGCUUGCCUCAAGCAGUUGGGACUUUCGGCUGCUGGGGUUGACCGUGAUCCUAGUAAGUCCGUGUCCUUCUGUCUACCGGCGGACUUCACCUCGGCUCGAGGCCAGAAGCUGUGCAAGGAGUGGCUCGCCUCUCCUAGAUUGGCCGGCAUUUUUGCUACGCCCCCAGCCUUCACUGCUGCCAAUGCUGAUGCAAUCACAUUCUUGUUGCAUGCGUUGUCCACAGCCUUGACCAAUGGAGUCCUUUGUGCCGUCGCGAAUCCUCGACAAAGUCGCUUCUGGCAAAACCCUCAGUGGAGGGCCGUUGCCUCCUCUUUUCGUUUUGUUGCCUGCCAGGAGUGUACCUUCGGCGGCAGACAUGACGAUCACACCGUUUUCGCAGUGUCAGAUAGUGGCUUUGACAAGUUGGCUCGUUCCUGCCCCGGCCCUCCGUGCAAAGUCUUGAAUCGCUGCCCCGAUCCUGGCACCGGUUACCCUGCUCACCUCGCAAUGCAAGUAGCAUGCUGCUUCGCCGAAGUUUUCGUCAAGAAAGGUUGGCAACCGCCUAGCCAAUGUUUCGAUGCAUUCGACCCUCGACUUCAGGUGCCGAUGUCACGCGCUCUAGCAGGUGCUCAGCCUCCGGCUAGCAAGAUUCCUCCGCUCGUCCCGGAACAUAAGCGUGUGGUCGUGCUUCGCCACCCGCCUGGCCUCCAACUGCCGUGCCAGCCCAUGCAGCGUCUUACUACAGAUUGGCUCGUGCCUCAGGGGUGCCAUGCUCCCUGCGCCUGCAUUCCUGCGAAAUCCCAGCUUCUCAGGCACGUGCCGAUAGGUCAAAGUGGGGGCGACGAGACUGUGAAAGUAGGUUUGUGGGAAAUGGCUUGGGGAAUUCCUUGGGACCCAGAAGAGUUUAUGAAGACGGCCAAUGAGUCCAGCCAUCCUCGGACCAUUGGAUCUGUGCUCCCUCAGCCACUCAAGGAUUCUCUUGAUGCAUUGGACGAGAAGAAUGAUGAAGCAAAGCUGAAAGCAAGCAUGCACCCUGACGUCCGUGCUAUCACCGAACCGAAACGCAUCUUGUUGUGGGAGUCUCUGAUGGCGAAGUACGCUUAUCCUGACCCUGGAGUGUCCAGUCUCCUCAAGGAAGGGAUUUUCAUGAUUUUCGGAAAAAGGUCCAUAAGCGGGCUGGAUCAUUGGCCCUCUUUGCGAAUCCAACUUGUGCUCAGGAACUUUGGUGAGCAGGCGGUUCGGAUUGCGGCAAGGCAGCUACCGGUGCACCCGGGCAGCGAGUGGGCUUCAUACAUUUGCUUGGUCCAUCCGGUGUUGGAGGACGGCCGUCUUCCACAUCAUGAAGCGCUUCGCCUCAGAGGGAGGUGUCAGUUUGCAGAUUCGCAAAUCUUCGGCCGCGCUGGGAAGAAGUGUCUAGGAUUGAUCACUGCACACGCCUAUGGUCUCGAGGAGGCUAUCAGUCACGAGCUUCGCGUGUCGCUUGAAAGGUUUCUGCAAAGGCUUGAGUGUGAUGCACCGCGACUUAUCAAGAUCCUUGAAGGCGGGUUCUGGAAGGUGUACACGGACGCAUCCUACGAGCCGGGUGCGACCACGAGUUACUGUGGAAUAGGCGGUGUGUUGGUUGAUCCUAGUGGUGUGCCUAGAAAGUUCUUUUCAGCUGUCUUGGACGAUUCCCAAAAGAUUUUCUUAGGCGAAUCCAAGUCAGCCCAGAUCAUUUUUCAAGCAGAAUUGCUGGCGCUCACAAUCGCUAUGGAUGCUUGGUCACACGACUUUAAAGGCUGCCCUGUAAUUUUCUUCGUGGACAAUAACGGGGUUCGAGACAUCACCAUUUCGGGGCAUGCGAAAGCGUCGAUAGCCAGGCGACUAUUGGAGAUCUUCUUGCAAUUGGAGCAUGGCCAACUUGGCCCGAGAGAGCUGACCUCGCUCAGCAGCGAGCUGAGCCUGAUACUGCACUUGCCGGAGCGCAUAGUGACUGGCAUAGUGAAUACAGUCAUUUUUGGGGCUUAUUCGAUGAACAGCAACACCUUGACUCACAUGAUGAACUGCAUGGAUUUUGGCAUGGGCAUGGUUGCGAUUUUCAUGCUUCUUUUCAUGAUGAUUCUUAUUCCGGUUUUCGAGCAGCUCUUUUACAGACGACAAUACGCCAGCCAGGGCCGGUCCCAAGUCCGGCGGCGCAACAGGACCAUCCUUACGACGACGACAUCUUUCCUGAGCGCAGAGGACACACUUGGUACAAAGGCCGGUGGCUCUCAGCAGCCGCCCUUUGUGGACAGUACGUUCCCUCAACUGAGGCAUUGCAAGCUUCUUUCCUGGAACUCAGGCGGCCUAGCAGCUAACAACUGGGACAUCCUGCAGAACUGGUUAGCUGAUCAUGCAGUGCAGCUUUGUUGUAUACAGGAAACGAGAUGGAACAUGGAGCAAUUCUGGAGCAAUGGACAUUAUCACGUCAUCCAUCACGGCCAAGGCCGCUCAGGUGGACUUAUGACGCUGAUCCACAAUGGGCUGGCUCUCAAGGGACAAAUUCGGUCUGGUACCAUGGCAAAUGGCAGGAUCCAACACACCCGGAUCUACGACCCGGACGGCGGUAUUGACAUCAUAAACAUGUAUCAGCGGGUCUGGUCACAUGGAGCCGUGGCAGACGUAACAGCUCAGCGAAAGACCGUCUGGAACGCGCUCAACACGUGCUUGGACGGGAUCCCAGCGCGAAACCAAGUGUUGGUUUGCGGUGAUUUCAACACACAGUUGCCGCAUUGCAAAGGGGUGACCGGCACAGCAGUCAGCAACACAACUUAUCGAGACAAGAGAGAUGAACAUGAACUCCUUGACAUUCUCCGAUUACAUGGACUGAUUGCAGCCAACACCUUUCACGAUGCCAAACAGUACACUUAUUGUGGCUCAGGCUCCCGCUCCCAGAUCGACUACCUCUUCAUGCGCUCAAACCAGGCCCAGGGCCUCAGCAAGCGCGCGCAUGGAGAUGGCGCAUUUGGCGCUACGACAGUGCACCUCGCCAACCACGUGGUCCCAGCAGGCCUGAACUACAACGUCAUAUCAAAGAUCACGUGGCUCAUGUCGAACAUUGCCUGCAGCAAGCCCUCGUGGCCCCCGUUUGACAGUGUAGAAGCAGUGGACCAAGCCAUCAUUGAGGUCCAAAAUCAAAUUGCUACGCAGGUCCAGCAUGUGCCAGUACAACACCAACGGCCAUGGCAAAACCUCGAUCUGCGCACAGUCCUCAAGCAGGCCUGGGCACAUCUACGGCAAGCCAGGGCACGACGCAGCUGCGGACUUCGCGAUGUUUUUCAGGCGUGGAGACACAUGCAGCAGUUCAGUAAGCUCAUCAAAUCGACAAGGGCUCCAUGUCGGCGACUUAGACGCCAGCGGCUCCUGAGCAUCCUCAACGAUGCCCAAUAUCAAGAACGGAAGCGGAAUAUCCAUGGCAUUUAUCGGCUAGUUGAUCGAUUGGCGCCGAAGCGCACUCAGGCUAGGCCGCAGAUGCGAGAUGAUGCGGGCGUCCUGCUGGAUGCUAGACAGGAGGCCACGAAGACAGCUAGCUACCUCCGGUGCUUGUAUGUGGGCGAACCUUGUGUCGAUCCUCUCAUGUUGCUACCGGGCGUGAACAAGGCAGGGCCCAAACACUUGGCCUUGAAUUCCAUGUACAAACACGCGUCAGCAUGGCUGGCACCCAUCUAUGCGGAAUUCCUGGCCUCGUGGUGGAACGGUCGUGUGCCCUAUAUCCCACAGCCUUUCAAGGAUGCUUGGCUGGUCAUGUUGACCAAACCUGGCAAGGUUUGUCGAGGACCUGCUGAUAUGAGACCAAUCGGUCUCUCCCAUCCCGUGGGGAAGGCACUGUUACGAGCUUUGCGUGAGAAAGUCCAGCCCUGGGCAACCGAGUACAUGGCUUAUACACCGCAGUGGGGUUAUCUGCGCGGCCGCGAGGCUUCAGUUAUGAUCAAUGAGGAGAGAAAUCUUGCCGUGAAUAAGUGGCUCAGCCUUGUCAUGGUCGAGCCCUUGACCUUCGGUGUAGCUAGGAACUUCUACGCCGGCAAAGCGUCAGGGAUCUCUUCAGGAUCGCUUGCAGACAGCAUUUCGGAUUGCCUUGCUGCCAAGGCUACUUCGACGAUCAAUGCCAGGGCGAAUUGCUUGUUGCGGUUUGUUUCUUGGGCAAAGGGGAACAUGCCGUUUGUUUUUCCCUUGACCGAGCAUGCUGUCUACGCAUACUUCGAGGAGAAGAAAUCCACAGCAGCGGCAACUUCGUUCAGGAGCCUUCUCUCUUCGGUUGCUUUCGCUCAGCAUGUGGUAGGCCUGGAAGGGUGUGACAAGGUUUACACUUCGGGUCGUGUCCGCGGCCUUGCGUCGAAGCUUUACAUGCAGAAGAGGAAGCUCAAGCAACGGAAUCCUCUGAGGGUCUCCGAUGUCAUUCUUCUUGAAAGGAUUUGUUGCAAGCUUGAAGACAGGUCUUUGCAGGACCGUGUCGCCGCAGGCUUCUUUCUCUUCUUGAUUUAUGCAAGAGCACGAUACAGUGACGGGCAAAACGUGGCAUCGCUGACUGUUUCGCCGCUCUACUUGGAGUGCAGUGUGGGCAGGUCCAAGACUAGUUUCACUUUGGAACGCAAGACCAGGUACUUGCCAAUGGCUGCCAGGAAAGUGGGCAUCAAGUGUGCAUGGGCCGAUGCGUGGCUUGACGCUUUGGCAGAGGCGGGUCUUGCGAUCAAGCCGAACGACCCGGCUUUGUCAACUAUGAUCGACGAGGUGUCAUCGGGGGCCUUCAAGCCCGACAAACCAAGGGGGCAGCAGCUUGCUUCCGAGCUGUCGGCGCAUGCCGAUCCCCCUGGCGACGAGAUCGAGUCAUCAGACUCGGAGGGCUCCGAGGACGAGGAGGAGAUCGACCACUCGGGCGAUGAAGCUUGUGUUGCCGAGGCUUUGGACUGGCAUGGGAAGGUCGACCUUGACAAGAUUGAAGCUGGAGGCGCGACCCGCAGUUUUGCAUCCAAGGUGCAAGCAGUGCUUCAGGAGAUACCUGGUUGUGCAGCAGGGCACAUGACUCUGCAUUCGGCUCGUGCCUGCAAUUUUGUGCAAAAGGGUGAUGUCGUGCACGUGCGCUCCGCAAGCCGGUCAAGUGUUGAGAUUUGUGCUAUCGUGCAAGAGCGGCGAUUGCUGGGUGUCGUGUCCUGCAAGAUGAGUGAUUUGGUGAAGAGCAAAGUCGGUUUGGCAUCUGCGGAUGUCGAAAAACUCGAGAAGGUGGGUGUGGAUUCACUCGCAAAGGUCGCUUUCAUGACGAGCUACACGCCUGGCUCUGGCGAUGACAAGGACCUCAUUGCGGCGUUCGAGUCGGCUCUCGGGACGCCGCCCUCUGUAGGGCAGAAAAGCUCCUUCCGAAGGUUAUUUCAUGAAGCAUAUGCUGUUACCACUUCGGAAAUGAAGAUGCUUGUGGAGCGGACGGAUGAAUCCAUCCCAAGAAAAUUGAGCGUCCCAGAGAGAUCUGAGAGGUUCGAGGUAGUGAGCAAACGCCUUGUGGGCCUUUCGAUCAAGAACCGUCUUGAGCCUGCAGAUAGCCUCGUCGACUCCUUCGUGUCCCAGUAUGAACAGGACAAGCUGCAGUUUGUCCCGUGGGAGAAGCUUGUUUCCAAAGAACAAGAGGCAUCGACAGGGGCAAAGCGAGAGCCUUUCUUCUCGCUGGACAGUACGGGCAAGCUCAGGUCGGAGACCAAGGUUGAGGUCCGUGCCGAUACGAGCACGGAGCUGCUCUUGCAGCUCGCGCUUCAAAGGCGCGGCAUCGCUAUGGAGAUGGCGAACAUCCUUGACUACCAUCGUCACCACAUGUGGGUUGAGCGCCUUCUUGCGGCGCGCCUCGACGCACCUCCGUCGACGCACAUGCAGCCCACGCUUGAUCAGUGUCAGCAGGCUGACAGGAAGCUUUGGCAGCUUCUCGGAGAAGCGACUCGCUCUGGCAUCCAGCUCAAAGCUGGGGGGCGUCCAUUGGACGCCAUCUUCGAGGACACAUGGCAGUCACCAGAGGUCCUUCAUUUGCUUCAGCCCAUGCCUCGGGCAGCAGGCGCUUCAGUCACGCAGCAGGUGGCACCGCCGCCGAGGCCUCACGGGCCGGGCCCGUAUGAUCGCCCAGGCAAAGGCCGAAAGGGCACAGGGAAAGGUGCCAAGGGCACCAAAGGCUUGGCUGGGCACAGUUUUGCAUCGCCGCAGGCCUCCCCUGCGCCGACAGAUUCUCCUUUAGUGCAUCUUGAUCCGCGUCAGCAGAGUGCUAGUGUGGAUACAAGCAAAUUUUCUUCACUUUUGCAAUUGCUUCAGAAUGCUGCGUGGCCAAAGUCUGUGUUGCAACGUAAGUCUGUUUCGUCCGUGGACUCCGCGCAGUCGGGGUAUUACAACUUUGGGCCCAGGGCCAGCAAUCCGCAACAUUUGACACAUGCCACCCUUGCCAUGCAGGACUUCGUAUUGCGCCUGAACUCAGUGUUCAAGGAGCUUCUGCCUCAAGCUUCCUGGAAUGCAAUCUGCGUGGGCAGGAAUACUUUGUCAGAUUUCCACAGGGACUCAGGGAACCAGACAGGUUCGCUGAACCACACUUUCACGCUUGGCACCUUCACUGGCGGCCAGCUUUGGCUCGAAGAUGCGUCGGGCACUUCUCAGGCCACCGUCGCAGGCGACAGUCACAUCAGGGGUAAAAUCGUAGACACGUUUUGUUGCCCCACUAGUUUCCCGUGCCACUUGUGGCAUAAGACGAUGCCCUUCACAGGUGAGCGGUGGGUCGUCACACUCUACACUCUUUCAGGUGGGCAACCCGCCACGUUGCUCCCAUUGGGUUUUCCGUGUGAUCCUGCUGCCGCGGAACAACAGCUCCCUCCGCCUCUUCAGCCUGUUUUGCCGUUGGCGUGUGCACCUUCCGGGUCUAGCCCUUCUGCCCCCGCCCCUUUGGGUUCUAGUCCCGCCUCGCCCGCCGACCCUCCUUGCAAACGCCUGAAAUCGCAAGCUCAAGCCGAGCCGACUCCCAGACAUGCGAAACCGCUGUUUCUGGAAAUCUGUAGUGGGUCUGCUAUGCUGUCUUAUGUUGCCAAAGAGGCCGGAUACACAGCCGUGCCCAUCGACUGGCAUCACAACAAACAGCGGACGUGUGUGCACACCUUACAGCUCGACUUGCGGCUGGCCAGCACUUGGUCUUUCUUGCGACGCAUUUGCUCCGAGUACGAUGUUGCCUGGGUGCACAUGGCUCCUCCAUGCGGCACCGCUAGCCGGGCUCGGGAGUGCGGUCCCGGCCCUAAGCCAUUGCGUUCGGUCCGUCAUGUGCGCGGCCUGCCCGGCCUCCCACCAGUGGAGCAGGCGAGGGUGGACAGUGCAAACACCAUUUAUGAUAGCAUGGCCGCCUUCUGUGACUGGCUGCUGCAUGCCAUGCCGCAUGUUCCCUUCUCUGUUGAGAACCCGCUUCACAGUUACCUGUGGCAGCUCCCGAGGUGGGCCGAGCUGCUCGCCAAGCACACCUUCGUCACAUUCGACUCGUGCCGCCACGGGUCACAACGCAAGAAGGCCACCGCCCUCCUCACGAAUUCUGAGCUUCUGCACUGCCUUUCGGGACCAUGCCCGGGAUGCUCCUCGCACUUGCCGUGGGGUAAGCUGGGCAAUACUUUUGCGACAGCUGAGGAGACGGGCUAUCCCAAACUUCUUUGCGAAAGGAUUGUCUCAUGCGUGGAUAAGUCAGCUGCAUCACGAGGGAUUGCGCCUGAACGCCUAGUGGCCUCCACGGUUUCUGCUGCGCGUGCCGCAGGUCAGGUGCAACCUCGUGGCCGCAAGUUUCCGCCAAUCAUUUCUGAAUUUGCUUACACUAUGUCAGUCGCCAGUGCUGCGGCUCCCACUCUCAACUCCAAGCACUGCCUUUCGGCUUCUUGGCACGGCGUCCCUGCAGGCGCCAAGCUCCUCCGGGAGUCAGUUGAAAGGGGAGGUUCGCGACUCCCAGAGGGGAACAAGUUCUACACUUUUGGCGUCUAUCGAUCCAUGCAAGCUUUCUUGAACGAGGCAAAGUUGGUUGUGCACCCCUUCGAUUCUGCCAAAUCACUUCCAGAUGAACUUUUGCGAGUCUUGUUUGACAAUCUUACGAAGAGCCCGGUUGACACCAUGAAGCACCGUCUUUUGAAGCUACAACAGUGGCGAGCCCUCGCCACGCAGCUUGAUCCCGAAGAAGAGAAAAUCAGAUCGGCGAUGGACCCUUGUGUGCGGAAGAUCCUUAGUUGUAAGCGCAUCGCACUCAUGAAGAGGAUUGCCGCCGACUUGUCGUGGCCUGACACGGCCCUCUUCGAUGAUCUGGCUGCCGGCUUUAAGCUAACGGGAUACUUGGGGCGUACGGGUGUAUUCGCUAGUGAUGUCAAACCUGCCACGAUGGACCUUGACGAUUUCUGGGCAAGUGCUCCCCUCCGGAGGGAAACCCUGCUUGAAAAAGUCAGAGCCCAGAAGGACCAUGACUAUGCCGAGGAGCUUUGGGACAUGACGCUUGAGGAGUCUAACAGAUCGGGGAAGUGCUGGCUUGACGGCCCGAUCGACGUUGACUCUUUGGGGGACAAGUUCCCUGAAGGCUGGAACGCCUGCCGGCGUUUUGCAGUCUGGCAGGGCAAGUGGCGUGCGAUCGAUGACUUCUCGGAAGCCGCUGUGAACUCUUGUUUCGGAUGCUUUGAACGUGUCACUCUCAAGGCCCUUGAUGAGAUUUGCUGGCUGUGCAUGCAAGUUUGCCGUGCGGCAAAAUCUUCAGGAUCCCUCGAUCUUGAGCUCAGCACCGGUGAGAGACUCAAGGGACCCCUCCAUACGGCUUGGAAGGACCCUGACCGUGUCCGUCCUCACUGCAAAACUUACGAUCUUCAAGCUGCCUACAAGCAGCUCGCACUGCACCCUAGCGAGAGGCCGAAAUCCGUUAUCCUGCUCAGGGAGCCGGGCUCCCGCGCCGUCAAGGCCUUUGUGUGCAACACUCUUCCUUUCGGAGCUUCAGCCUCGGUCAUGCAGUUUAACAGGGUUGCAUUAUUCCUGCAGAGGGUUCUUUGGGAUUUGAGGGUGGCCGUAACUUGCUACUAUGACGAUUUCCCGACAAUGACCCCUUCGUUCUUGUCUGGCGGCACUGACAAUGCAGUUCAUGCCCUCAUGGACCUGUUUGGCUUCACCUUGUCCGAGAAAGAAAAGCCGUUCUCGUGCACUGCAGAAACGCUGGGUGUCGUGCUGGAUACCUCCGAUCCUGACAUGGGCCGCAUCUUCGUAUCGAACAAGCCCGAACGAGCUGCCAUGCUUGAACAGUCCUUGGGCCGCAUCCUUGAAAAGGGCCAGGUAGACACGCGGGAGCUGCCAUCCCUUCUUGGGAAGCUUCGCUUCGCGGAUGCUCAGCUGCUUGGUCGCACAGGGCGAUUGGCCCUAGCCGACCUUAGGCUCUUCGGUGACAGAGGGGGUGUCUUGAAUCUUACGGAUACUCAAUCGAAUGCCUUGGCUGUUCUGAGGGCAAGACUUCUUGCGAGCAGGCCGCGUGCCAUUGUGACGAGCCCUGCCUCGAACCCAGUCCUCAUCUUCACAGAUGGCGCAUGCGACCCUUGCGAGGGCGGCUUCAGUACUGGGGUCGGGGGGGUUCUCUCUGUCCCCGGCAAGGGUGUUGCUAGGGCAUUCGGUUGUAGGGUUCCUAGCAAGCUCGUCAAGCAAUGGGCCGAGGGCAGGAAACACAUUAUAGGGCAGGUCGAGCUUUACGCGGUCGUGCUCGCCAGGAUCCUGUGGUCGAGUUACAUUGAUGGCGAACGAUGCAUAUUUUUCGUCGACCAUUCCGGCGUCUUGAGUGCUUGCAUCAACUCGAACUCGAUCGAUGCAUCUUGGAGGAGUCUCCUUCUUCACUUGGAGGCCGCCGAUGAAGCACGCCCGUGCUUGCCGUGGUUUCAUCGUGUACCGAGCCAGAGCAACAUCGCGGAUCCGCCAUCCCGAGGCAGAUGGGAGGAGCUGGCAUUCCUUGGUCCCGUCACUCGUGACGUGCCGACUUGCUUUGUCACAGGCGCAGCGCAGAUACCUCCCGAACUUCGACAGCUAGUUCUUCUAUGGAUCACAGGCGCGCAGUAUCAUGUGAAAGGAGAGGGUGGCAACCUAACAGUGGACGUAGGCCGAGGAGUACGACAGGGAUGUGUCCUCUCCCCAUUGCUAUAUAUCAUGGUCGUGGCACGGCUACAUUCCCAGCUUCGAAGCGCCUUCGGAGACGAGGCGGACCAGAUCUUGGAUUACUUUGCAGAUGACACUCUGAUUCACCAAGAGUUUACGUCGCCCCAAGGUUUUCGGGAGGCCAUUGAGCGAGUGGGGAAGUUGCUGGAGGUCCUGGCCCAAGCCGGCUUGAACAUCAACGAUGACAAAACCCAGGUCCUGCUACGGUUAGCGGGCAGUCGAGCAAAACGGAUGCUUCAGGAAGUCACCGAAACACGACGGGAUGGUCGGCAACUGAGAGUCUCAGCGUUAUGGAUGCAGCGAUUCUUACCAGUGUGCAAACAGGCCAAGUACCUGGGAGCGCAGCUAUCAUAUGAAGCCUAUGAAGAUGCUACCUUGCACCACAGGGUGACGGCAGCAAGGGCUACGUAUGGACGACUACGCCGCAUUCUUACCAGUCGCAGCAAUCUUUCUCUCACUUCGCGAGUUCGUUUGUGGUCUGCAUGCGUCGCGUCAGGGCUGUAUUAUGCUUUGGACUCCAGCGGUAUCUCGAACAAUGGCUUGCAAAAGGUUCGGGUCUUGGUACAGAAGCAACUACGCGCCGUAGCGCAUAUGCCAACCCACAUAACGCACGUCAGCAAUCAGGAACUACUUGAUCGGCUGGGGGUUUGCGAGCCGGGGGCCCACAUCCUCCACAACAUGCAGGGACAGCUGCGUCGAUGGCAGGCAAAUGCAGACCAUGACAAUCCCAUUCCCAUCAAGGUGCAACCUGCUAUCGGACGAUGGCGGCAGCAACGUGUGGAUGAGCUGAGCGCUCAGCUGCAACUGGAGCAGAAGGCGCUUAUGAGCUCCUGGGCUAGAUUGCAAAAGCAUAUCGAGCAUGUCCUGUUUCAAUCGCUGCUUAUAUCCUUGGUGACGGCGGAUGGCGAACGCGGCGGAGGUGAACUUCUUCAAGCACUUGCUACCGGACGGAGGAGCAGCAAGGACGCCGGCCAGCGCAAAAGCAAGCAUCAGGAGCGAAAUGGACGACCGGAGCAGGGGAGCCAGGAACGCGACAUCACCAAGCUCGUGGAGGCAGCGGCCAAACUGACGCUGAAAUUGGCGGACGAACACCAACUGCUGCUUCAGGACUGCGGGUUUACUUGGUUCGUGAGCACGGAACAGGGGGGAGUACUCCCCAUGAUGUUCGGCAUCAGCUCGGAGUGGAAGAAGCGGUGCACAGACCUGAUGCUUCCUGAGUUCACCGAAGGUUUGGAAGUUAAGCAUGUUCGUUACCGUGUCUGCGCUUUUGCUGUGCACCUAGGAGAGAGUGUGACGUCUGGGCACUACAGAGCUCUUUUGUACAAUGCGAUCACAGGGAAGCUGCAUUACUGCGACGAUCAUGCGAGAGCUGUUUUGCUUAAAGACUUCGGAAAUAAGGAGUUGAUCUUAGAUGAGGGCUCGCGCAUGAGUAUCCGCGACAAAGCCCACAAGGACAAGUGUGGCAUUCAGAACGAAUUGCAUUUGCUUUCCAAGCUGUCGGAACAGCCGCCUCCUUAUUAUGCCAAGGUUUCGAUGGAGCAGCUGCUCAGGUGCGACAAGGCGGCGUGGGUUCGCAUGAGUGAGCUCUUGACCUCUUUAAAGAAGGACGAUGCAGGAAACCUUCCGAUGGAUGCCGCCUUGGACAAGCUUCAAUAUGAUCCAAAAAUCAUGAUGCAUCUGGCUCCACUCCCUGGGGCUAAGUGGAAAGGCGAUGGAAAAGGUGACAAGGGCACCAAGCGUGAUGCCGACGGCAAGCCGAAAUUGCCUCACCGUCCCAAUAAAGGUGCUGGCAAAGGGAAGUGUCCUGAGGCGUUGGCCGACCCGCGCUUGAAGCACAACUGUAGCAAGACUAAGAAGCGUCUGUGCUGGAAUUUCAACAUGCAGACUGGAUGCAAGUUUGCGAAGGCCGCCGCUGCUGAGGCCGACUCUUUGCUUGAUGAAGUGCUAAGCCCUUCGGCCUCGCCUCAUGCGGCAAACCAUGUUUGCAUGCCGGCACAGAUUGACCCGGUUGGCCCGGUGGAACGUCCCAAGCCAGCCUCGUCAGUGCUUGAUCAAAUUCCUAGUGUUGUGAUCGAUGAGCGAGUUUUUCCCUUGCCCGCUGAGCGGCAAGUGCAUGCCUCUUUGCAUCCGGCAGAGCAAUUUGCUCAAAACGUUCUGUCGUCUGGUGAACCUGUGACAGCAACUUGUAUUGAGCGCCUUUUUAGUUUGUUGCCUUCCAAGGUGGACGAACGCUUCGGUUCGAUUUCUGGUAAAUCCCUUGUAGCGGGUGUUUUCCGGCAUGGGGGCGUCGUUGGCCUCACGAACACCAGCCGCUCCUUCCUAAGUUUGGCCAUCGCCUGGGCCAUGACACGAGGUGGGCACAUUUGGGUUCAAUCCGAGUCGGGCAGCCAUGUGCUGCCUGUCAAUGGGUCCAUGGUUCCCGGCGACUUGCAUGAUGUUGCUGCAGCCCCAGUGCGGUUCUAUGCCCGCAAGCGCUUGCAUUGCACAAUGCCAUGGACGGGUGAUCGGAUGGUCCUCAUCUUGUUCUCGGGCGGCGAUGCUACUCAGCUGCCCAGCCUUGACUAUGAGCACCUUAAAUCCCUUGGGUUUAGGCCUUCGGUUUCUGUGUCUACCGUCAACCCCCCCUUGGCAUAUUUCUGCGGUACGGGGGGCCUCUGUGCCUCACUUCGGCAGUUGGGCAUGAAGCUAAGUGUCGGUUUUGACCGUCAUGCGCAGCGUGGUUGCAAGUGCCCUGUUGUCUCCCUGGACCUCACGAAGCCAGGAUCGCGGGCCAUUCUCCUUGACCUUCUUCAACAGCCUCACGUUGUUGCCUGCCACUUGUCCCCACCUGUCACCACAAGCUGCGGUGGUUUGCAGGGCCCGCGUUCGGGCGGGCUUCGCAAUGCAGCGCACCCUGAAGGUGUGCCUGGUCUGCAAGGUACUGACCUAGAGUUAGUCCAGGGCGCCAACGCACUUUUUGCCUUGUGCGCCGAAGUUUGGCACAUCUGUUGGAGCCAUGGGGUCUUUUGCUCCAUUGCUCACCCGAGUAGAUCCAUCAUGUGGCUCAGUGCGUCACUUCGCUCCUGUCAGUCUACGCCUUUCCUCUCCACUUCUUUGCACCAAUGCAUGUUUGGCUCCUACCGGAGAAAGGCCACUCGCCUUUUGCACACGGUUCCCUACUUGCAAAAGCUCGGUGUAACUUGUGAUGGAGGACACGAUCACGAACCGUGGCGAUCCCCUGCACAAAAUCGCAUGAAGGAUGGCGGUCUCCCUCCGCUACUGUGCAAGACUUUUGCCCAGGCACUUGUGGAUCAGCUCGUUGCGUGCGGUGCGCGCGCCCCGGCGUGCUCUUUUGCAAAUGCCACCCUGUCGCUCUCCCUGGGCGCUCGUGCUGCCGGGCAUGCUGAUGUGAACUUGGUACGAGAUAUACAGAACGGUUUCGACCUUCUUGGCGAGAUCCCUUCUUCGUCUGUCUUGCCGAAGAAAACCACAGUGGCAUCUCUUAGCAUUGAGGACGUCAGGAUCGCCACCCCGGCGAAUCAACGUGCAAUCUGGGAGGCUACCCGCACUUGCAGGGAUCCUGAAAUAACCGCGGAAGUGUAUCGCCUUACCUUGGAGGAAAGGGAUAAAGGAUGGCUGAUCGGUCCCUUUACUCUUGCCGAUGUGCCGGAGACUGCCAUCGUUACUCGCCGCUUUGGCGUCAGGCAGGGCGUGACGACGACGACCGCCGGUGUGACAGCCAAGAUACGACCUAUCGACGACUUCACAGAGAGCUUGGCCAACUUGUCGUGCACGUGUGCGGAAACCAUUGACCCACAUUCCGUGAACAUCAUUGUGGCCGGGUCUUACCUUUCGGGGCAAAGCCCUCAGUACAAGGCUUUUGUCGUUCAUCUGGCUGCCUUUGAAGAGUACGAACAGCUUGAGCCUGGAGGCCUUCCCGAGAACCACAAGAUGGCUGCUCUCCUUAGCUGUCUGACCGGGCAGCUUCGGCAACAUGCUAACGUCACCAUAUCUGAUGAGAGCCGCUAUGCAGAUCUUCGUGCGCUUGUGUUGCGUUGGGAUGGGGCCCAAACCAAGUGGCAGUCAAGUGUUGCAUUGAGCUAUGGUUUGCAAGACAGCAACAAGGGUCUGCAGGCGGUUGCGUCAGGAGUGCAGAUUUUCAGGAUGGACGCCAGAGACGAUGAUGAUACAUUUCUUUGGUGCACGGCGCCCGAGAGUGCCGAGACCUGGCUGUGUGCAGAAGUGCGAGCCUUGAGAUCAGUCCCCGAAUUUUCGGUGAGCCCUACCACUGUUAUUGUAGAUUCUGGAGCCGACAUUUCGUGUUUGCCGACUUCUUUUGCAACUUGCGGGCGCUCUGCCCGGUCAAGUCAGCAGAUCGCUCUUUAUGAUGCUCAGGGCGGCGACCUCAAAGUGCAUCAGCAAAGGAUUGUGGACUUUGCUGUGACGGAUCGCUCUGGCAGGGAGGUUACGAUUCGAGAGAAGUGCCUUAUUACUUCCGUGACCCAGCCUCUUUUGUCUCUAGGACGGCUUGUGAAGAGAGGUUGGUUUCCGCAGCGGCAGGGCGAAGAAAUGCUCCUGGCACACGGGCGCACGGGCUCAGAGCUCGACCUAGGCUUUCAGGGCAACAGCCUGGCACUUGAAGCAUGCAUUCGCAAAGUUGAUUUUCCUGACCUUGAUCCUGAGCAAGCUGCAGUUCGUGCUUUGUUGCAAGCCACUUUGAGCGAAGAGCUGCAGGCUGUUGAUUACGGCUGGCAGGUCCUGAGAACAGGUCACAUUAUGUGGCGAGGCCGAUCGACCUCCAUGGUUGACCCGUCUAUGAUGGCCGGGAUCUCGUGGCAUUUCCGUUCUACUCUUACUCAGCGUGAUAACAACAGCCCCUGGUUUGUGAUUGAGAAUUGCGAGCGCUGGGACGAGAUGGAGGACCUCGAGGAGGAAGUGCCAAGCGGCACAGCGGUUGAGAUGAUCGUUCUUUUGCACACCGAGCCUGAAGCACUCACUGCUGCAGGCAUUGAUGUAUCUGAUUUCGUGAUUCCUGCUCUGCCCGGAGCCGCUCACGAUGAUGCUGGUGGUAUAGGCUCGGAGCCUGAAUAUGAUGAGGCAAUGGAGCCUUUAGAGCAGGACGGUUCAGUUGCGUUGCAAGACAGUGCUGAGCCGGAUGUUGUUGAGCAGCGUGCAUUGCCAGAUGUGGAAGAAAGAGAGGAGAGAGAGCAACCGAGUGACACGAUUACGGUUCAAGAUGUGGUGCUCACUGCGCAGAGCAGCAUACAUGCAUUGAAAGCAGCGUGCGAGCACCUCGAGCUCAAGACCUCAGGUUCGAAAACGAGAUUGUUUCAGCGCAUCCAAGGCUACCUUGAGAAGCAGAAAAUUGCUCUUGAGCAGGACAUGGCGACUGACGCGAGAAGCGGUGAGGAACGACGACCCAACAUGCAAGCAGUGCCUCGUGCUCCGUCGGAGCAAGAACGACUACUGCAUGAAGUUACACAUUUGCCUUUUGCUGCUUGGUGCCCCCAUUGUAUCAGCAUGCGAGCGAUGCCAGAUAGAAGUGAAGCAGCGCAGCAAGAACCGCGUGAUGUUCCAUCCAUCUCCUUCGACUUUUGCUUCACUGGGUACGAUAAGGAGAGUGGUGAAAUGAAGGCACACGGCAAACCAGCAGAGGGUGAGAGUGGUGAAGAGUUGUUGUGUUGUCUUGUGGCGCAUGAUAGCAGCACUGGGUCUGUGGUCGCCAUUCCUUGCCAAUCCAAGAGUACAACCAGAUUUUUGGGAGUGGAGCUUAUGCGCUUUAUACAUUCACUCGGGCAUGCUACAGUAGAACUUCGUUGCGACAACGAGCCGAGCACAACAUCACUUCAAACCGCUGUGGCUGGGGCAAGGAAAAGAUUGGGGCUGCGAACCAUUAUUCGAAAUCCUGCUAUUGAGGCCCACGCCUCUAAUGGGGCAGUGGAGAAAGCGGUGGAUGUUAUCAGGCGACUAGCAAACACAAUGAUGAGCAUGGUUCGGGAGCGGGUCGGCGUGAACUUUGGUGUUGAUCAUCCUCUUUUCGCCUGGUCCUUUGUUCAUGCUGGGUGGACCCGUAAUCGAUUUGCGGCGGUGGGAGGACUCACUGCGUACGAGCGGGCAACAAAUGCUCGUUACAAUGGGCGAUUGGUUCCUUUUGGCGAGCCAGUGUUUGGACAAAUCACGGUGAAGAAGAAAGGGAAUCCUAGAUGGGUCCGAUGCAUUUUCCUCAGCAAAACAACAACCAACGACAUGUACAUUGUUUCCACGAGAGCUGGAGUGAGAUUGUGUCGGUCAGUGCGUAGAACAACUUCUUCUUGGAUGUUGGACAAGCCGCUGUAUCAGGGAUUGGCUGGCUUUCCAUGGGACUACUCGGCAGGAGCGGUUGGAACGAGGUUGGUCCCGCCUGCGCGCACCCGCAGGCCACAGCUUGCGCCAACAUUGGCGCCACAAGUGGCAGACGAGGCGGCUUCAGAUCCGCCGACACCCGUGCCAGGUGAUGCGGUUUCCUCUCCUGGGCCUGUGGUCCCAGGGCCGGCAGAGCCUUCAGUCGAAGGCGCAACAGUCAGUGUGCGACCCAGUGUGCCCCCGGAUGGUGCGGUAUUGGCUGAGAACCCUGUGGUUCCUUUGCCGGCGGGGCCGAAUCCGGCCCUUGGGCAGAUCGAUGUCGAGAUGCUUCGUACUCCUGAGGCGAUGCUGCCACCGCUGGGUGAUACGGCCCAGGGUUCGGCGGGGAGUCGUGAUGGACCUCCGGAGGCAGGUGGUGAUCGGAAGCGCAUUCGUAUCAGAGCAGUGCAGUUUGGCAGCCACAACCUUGAUUAUCAUGAUGAAGAUGUGAACUUUGAGUAUCCUGAGCUUGAGUGUGGUGAGCUUUGUGAACAGAUCGAAGCAGAUAUCGAGAGUGAAGUCGCAACGGCAGGUGAGGACGUUGUGAGUGAGGGCACCACGGCUCCGAACGUACAGGGCCCUCUGAGUGAUUAUGAGCAGCUACAGGAGCUGUUGUGGUACCCGGAUGACGGGACCGGACCGCCGAAGCUUAGUGAUUUCGAGCUUGGCAAGAUUGACAGCAUAGCCGAUGAGGUUGAGAUUUCAAGGUUGUCGCAAAAGCAAGUGAUUCGGCCGGUUCGCGGCGAAGAAGAGACCCAGGGCAUGAAACGAUUGAGCACCAAAAUGGUGCGGAGUUGGCGUAGCAAACGAAAAGGUGGCAAGGCAAUGUGGUUGAGAAGAUCACGGUUAGUAGCUCGAGAGUAUAGGUGGCUUGAGGCCACGCGUGAAGGUCUCUUUUCGCCAUCCACUUCCAACUCGGUGGUGCGACUUAUCCCUCUUUUGUUUCUCAUGUGGCGCAUGACGCGCCCUGGCACCGUCUUUGCGCUGGCUGCCAUCGACAUUAAGGAUGCGUACUUAGAAGUGCCGCAGGUGAUGGACUUCGGCGACGCGCUCGCCGACGGGUCUUCUCAUCGCUCCGAGGACAGUUCCACUAGCACUCGCGAGCUUCACAGUCAGCACAUUUACGAUCUCCAAUUGGAGGUCAACGCCCUGAGGCUUCAGGUUCAAGCCCUCAGGUCCGAUUUGCAGACUUUGGAGGAGUCCCUUGCGCGCGUCUGGGUGAACCAGAUGGGUCAUCACCAACGCCUCUCGUGGCUUGAGGGGAUCAUCCAGGGCUUGCGCACCGCCUGCAGUGACAGUCGCCGGAGGGAUGCCGCCAUGGCCUUUGGGUCGUACGAGGCACAUUUGGCGUCUUGCAUGCGCAAGUUCAAUAAGACUGGGUUUGUCCGAUCCUGGGAUUUUAAACUUAAGCCUUCUGCCAAUUUGUUUGCCGGUAUGGCACGUGCCAGCGGGCCCAUGCCGCCUGUCAUGUCUGUGCCAGUGCCCAAGAUGGUGUCUUCUCAGGUUACCGUUGCUUCUGUUGUCAAGCUUGCCCUGGGCAGGGUCAGGCUGCAGGAUUCUUGGAGUGUGCACCUUGACAAGAAGCUGCGUGCUGCCAUUCAGAAGUGGGUUUCUAUCGUCCUUGAGGAUCCACUCACCUUUGAUGUUGGCCGCAGGUGUGCUGCCGCGUCCUGCCAGGAUUCCGCAGUCUCGCAAGGUUUGCUGCACACCUUUUCGGGCAAAGCUGCGGGUACCCUGCACAAUCGUGCGGGACCGUUGCUCCGUUUUGUGGCGUGGGCCAAGAAGCGGCGUCUCCAGCCGCUGCCACUGAGAGAGAAAGAUGUGUAUGAGUUCCUGCUUGAUUUGGAGGAUUCCAGCGCGCCGUCUUUCGGCAAGGCACUCAUGUCCUCGUUGGCGUUUUGCAAGUUCGUUUUGGGUGCUGAGUCUUUCUCUGAUUCCCUUUGCAGUGGCCGCCUUACAGGGCUUGCGCGUGCCUCUUUUCUUAAAAAGAGGAAGAGGCGGCAGAAGCCGCCACUCACCGUUGCUAUGGUCAAGAGAUUGGAGCGCCUUGUUGUGGAUGAGUCAGAUAAUGAUGUUGACAGGCUGUGUGCAGGCUUUUUCUUACUCUGCAUUUAUCUUCGUGCUAGAUACAGCGAUGGCCAGGCCCUGAUGAAUCUGGUUUUGGAUGAGCCGGACUCUUUCAUGGGACCACUUGCAGGGUACUUCCAAGGUGAGACUUCGAGGACGAAGACCAGUUUCUCCUUGGAGAGGAAAACAGCAUUGCUUCCUAUGGUGGGGCCAUUGUGCGGGGUGGCGUCCGUGAGGACGUGGAUGAGCCUUCGUGAGGACCUCGCCAUUCCUGAGGGGGAAGAUUUUCCUCUCCUGCCCAGCCGUGGUCAGGAGGGCGGAUGGUCGGGUGUUCCGCCCACGGCCACUGUAGCAGCUGGUUGGUUGCGCGGGAUUUUGUCUGCCAGAGGUUUCCCUGAAGCCUCAAAGCUUGGUACUCACAGCUGUAAGGCUACGACUUUGUCUUGGAUGUCAAAGUAUGGUGUUGACGCGCUGCACCGGAGGAUUUUGGGGUAUCACAAGGCUCCGCAGGAUGAGAUGAUGCACAUCUAUGGGCGUGACAAUGUUGCGCCUGCUCUGAGGUCUCUUGAGUACGUGCUCGCCGAUAUAAGGAUCGGCAAGUUCCUCCCGGACACCACGCGUUCGGGCUAUUUCCCAACUGAUCCUGAGCGCGAACCAGGUCCGGAGUUCAAUGAUGAACCGUCGGCCUCGGAGGCGUCAUUGGACGAAGAGGACAACGUUCAGGACCUUCGUGCUGAAGAGGCUGCGGCUGAUGAGAUCAUACCGCCUUGGGCCGAGUUAGCUGUGGGAGACCCUGAUGCCCAUGUGUACAUCAGGCACAUUACUUCCCGCAAGCUUCACCGUCUUGCUGAUGAGGGCGGGAAUCGGCUUCGCUGUGGGAAGAGGUGCUCGAAGAAGUUCGAGCGUCUUGCUGAGAGCCGGUACACGCGGUGCUCACCGGACUCACUCGGUGAUGGUUUGAUGUGCUUGCGCACUUGUGGACUGCCGGACUUCGCGGCUUGGAAAUUGGAUGAGCUGGACCCACUCGGCUCAAUUGUCUGUUUUUGUGCCAUGGCCGUCACAGAGAGCAAGGCAAACUUCUCUUCGAGGGCGAAGGCUCUUGGAUUGGAGGAUCCAGUGCUGGUGAAGUUCGUUGACGCUGGCAUUGAUUGCAUGAGCAAGUAUGCUUUCUUGAGCUCAUACGUGCCCGGGAGCACGGAUGAGAGCCCAUUCACUGCUGCCAUCGUUAAGGUGCUUGGGCGUGACCCUUCGAUUGCGGAGCUCAGUGUGCUUCGCCGCUUGCUGCAUGAGAGCUACAAUCUAACUGUGUCUGAAUUACAAUCACAGGUUGAAAGGACCGAUGACUCUGCUCCGAGAAAGCUCGCAGCGCCCGACCGGGCCGACAGGUUGCAGCGACAGCAGGUUCGGCUGAGUGGUUUGACGAUCCACGGCCCGACUCUUCCGGGUCAUGCCGUGAUCGAUAAGUGCGUUCAGAUGUAUGAGGACAACGUGCUUCAUUACUUGCCGCCUCAGUCGUGCCCUUGCCGUGAUGAUGAGGUCAAGUUCAAAAAGGAUCGCGAUGAUAAGAUGUUGUCCGUUGAUGGUGCCGGUCAUGUGUCUCUACGCACCCAGGUUGCAAAGGUUGAUGCUGAUGUGUCCUCAGACCUUCUCCUCAAGCUGGCAUUGACCCGUCGAGGUUUGGCCCUAGACCAGGCAGGGAUAGUCACCUUUUCGGAGCACGAGCGGUGGGUGGAAGCACUUUUUACCGCGCGUUUCAGGGAUCCACCUGAUAACUAUGCACGUGUGACGCUGCAGCAGCUUAUGCAGGCAGAUCGGUGGAUUGAACAGGCUGAUGUUUUGAAGCUUUUCGAUUGCCUCCCGAAGGCUGCGCCGCAACGCGGCUCCGGUGGCGGCAUUUCAUUUACCACUGGGGCCUUUGCCAAGGUCAAGGUGGGGCUUAGGAGCAAUGUCGCUGUUUUUCCAAAGUCCACGCAGGUGCUGGCUGCUUUUGUAAGGCAGUCUGCUCCUGCCCACAAGUUCACAACCGUCGUGCUGUUUGAUGGUGUUCGCACGGCCCCGCAUCGUGAUCAGCAGAAUUCCUUCUUGCCUAAUUUGGCCAUUCCCUUGUCCCGUUUUACUAAAGGUUCAAUUUGGGUGCAAUCUAGCAAGGGUCCCCACACUCGGACUGUUGAUGGUGCAACCCUUCAAGGGGUGGCAUUGCCUGUGUCGGAUGGCCCUGUCCUGUUUGAUGCACGCAGGCAGACGCACCUCACUGAUUCGUGGCAGGGCAGGAGGGUCAUUUUGGUUGCUUUCUCUAUUUCAGCCUUUGAUAAGCUGUCUCUCGAGGCUUCGCAAUGCUUGAUUUCACUUGAUUUUGCCUUGCCAACCGAGCCAGAGGUCGAGCACUUUCGUGAGCACCCCCAGCUGCCUGCUCGCCUGCCGUGGCCGCCGCGUUUCCCUCUGCUGUCGAGUGCUUCAGCAACCAAGGCUGUUACCGAGACAUUGGUUCCCAAAGAACCACUUUUUCUUGAGCUAUGCGCCGGCACCGCCAUGCUUUCUCGCUGCUUUCGUGAAGCGGGUGUGCCUGUCAUGCCCAUUGAUCACCAGCAAAACCGCCAUCAUCCGUUGGCGCAGGUCUGCAAUCUCAGCUUGACCGAGGAGUCAACUUGGGUCUUCUUGCGCAAUUUGGUGCGUGAUCAUCCUAUACUCUUCGUGCACGCUGCCCCGCCUUGUGGCACGUGCUCCGCAGCGCGCAACAUAAAGCGGACAGGGGUGUCCGUGGCACCGCUUCGCUCUCCUGAGCAUCCCAUGGGUUUGCCUUCGCUGACUGGUGUCAGCCUUGACAAGGUCCAGGCUGCAAACAAAAUUUACGUUGGCCUUGCCCAGUUUCUUGAUUUGCUUUGCAGGUCCAACAUCCCAUGGACAGUUGAGAAUCCUGAGUCAAGCAUGCUUUGGCAGCUGCCCUGUUUUGCUCAUUUGGUAAAGAAUUUUCCGAGGGUCAAUUUCGACAUGUGUUGCUAUGGUGGUGCACGAUUGACUCACCGUACGCUGCUUACAUCUUGUGAUGCCAUCGAACAUUUUCGCCAGCGCUGUCCGGGUGGGCACGACCACCUUCCGUGGAAGCCACAGCGCCGCGCUGAUGGCACGAUGUCUUUUCCCACUGCUCAGGAGGCAGCCUACCCCAGGCCCUUUUGCCAACAGUUCGUGGCGCUGGUCUUUAGGCAUUUGGGUCGUCCCUUGCCUGUGCAUCCUACUGCGGCCACGCCUGCCGCUGCUGCCACUUCUUCUGCUCGGCAACCUCGUGGGCGUAAACUGCCUCCUGUUAUGCCUGAGUUCAAGCGUGUGCUUGUCUACCAAGUUCAUGCUCUGCCGCCUGUUGAUUCCAAGCGGUGCAUUUUGCAGCCCCUCCGCGAUGCUCCUUCUGGAUCCAAACUUCUCUCUUCGACCUCUUUACUGCUAAGCGGGGGUGGUUCUGGGUCUUCGUUGAAGUUUUCCCGGGAUGAGGUUGUGCACUCGGAUAGUUCUAGCAGUGAUGCCAGCAGUUGCGAAUCCGUGCACGGUUCUGACAGUGAUGCCUCCUGUGCGCGGACCUUGGAGCCUGCUUGCGAUGCGAGAGCUUUUGAGGUUCGCCUUGGUGUGUACGCCUCUCCCGAUGAAUUUCUUGAUGGGUGCAGAAGGGUUACUCAUCCUUUCGAUCACCUGCAUGCCGCUCCUGAUCGUCUCAAACAAUGCAUUUUUGACAUGUUGGUCAAUGGCCCGACCUGGGUUGCGCAACGGAGGGCGGCCCUACUCAGGAAGUGGACGUCCUGGGCCUCCGACCUCGAAGGCGAGGAACGUGCUUUGAAGGAGGCGCUUGAUCCUCAGGUCGCCAAGGUGUUGCAAGGAAAAAGGCUAAAGCUUCUGGAGCGUAUUGCCGGCUCCCUUGGUUGGGUUGACAUGAAGGUUUUCGAUGAACUGCGCAAUGGUUUUGACUUGGUGGGCCAUCACGAACACACUGGAGUUUUCGCUCACGAGCCCAGGCCACCUAAGUUGGCCGAAAGUGAUUUCAUUAGUGCCGCACAAUUUCUGCAGCCCGCUUUACUUGGAAAGAUUCGUGCUUCUGCAUCCGAUUCGAAUGCUCGCGAGCUGUGGGACAAGACUCUUGAUGAGGUGGCUGAUGGCAUUCUUGAGGGACCGCUUUCUGCUGAGGAGUUGUUGUCUCGACACGGGCCGUGCUGGCUCCCUGCUCGCCGGUUCGGCGUUGAACAGACUUCCUCUGCCGGCCGUAAACUUAGACCUGUUGAUGAUUUCACUGAGAACAAGGUCAAUUUGGCUUUCGGCUCGAUGGAUAAGCUUGAUCUUAACGCGCUUGACGAGUUGAUUGGGAUCAGCAGGUUGUGGAUUCGGGUUCUGAACGGGCCGCCCGAUUUCACAAUCCCUCUCUCAACUGGUGAAUCCUUGAGUGGUCGUCGGCAUGACGGCUGGAAGAAGGUGGGGUGCGAGCCUCUCCUCACUACCUUGGACCUCCGAGCGGCUUAUAAGCAAUUUGCGGUUUCUGCGAAGUCGCGGGCCCUGGCAAUAAUCGCAUUGCUUGACCCUUCGACUGCUGAGCCUGGACUCUUUGAGUCGAAGGCCCUACCUUUCGGGAGUUCCGCUUCGGUGCUUCGCUUCAAUCGCCUUGCGCGCCUAUUCUGGCGCAUCGGCGUGGAGCUGUGUGUGCCUUGGUGCAACUUUUACGAUGACUUCCCUGUCAUGUCUCCGAGUGGCAUUGCUGACAACACCAUGGAGACCAUGAUUGCCCUGUGUAACCUGUUGGGGUUUAGGUUCGCCUCCGAUAAGCUUUCCCCCUUUAGGGCCCAGGCCACGAUGCUUGGAGUUGAGGUUGAUUGCUCUCGCUUUUCUGAAGGCUUAGUUCUUGUCCGGAACAAGCCGGGCCGGGCUGAAGAGCUCAUUGCUUCUCUUGACGAAGUCCUUGAGGAGGGAUUGAUUUCUAGGAAGCGGUAUCUAAGCUUAAUGGGUCGCCUGCACUACACUGACUCGUACAUCCUUGGCAAGGCCGGACGCCUCUUCUUGGCAGAGGUUAGGUCUUGGGCAAAGGCGCACUCGGGACCUGAGUUGAAGCUUGAUGAUUGUGUUCGGCGGUCUCUUGAGAGAUUGCUGAACCGACUUCGUUGUGGCACUCCUCGCCAUGUCCCUUGUUCCGUGGCCGAUCACGUUGUACACAUUUACACCGAUGGGGCGAGCGAAGGAAGCUCCCACACCGUGGGAGGGGUGCUGAUGUUUCAGAAUCAGGUUCACACUUACUUUGGUUGCUCGGUCCCUGCUGUCCUGGUCUCGCGCUGGGCCGAAUCCAUGUGUCACUUCAUAGGGCCCAUAGAGGCCUACGCCGUUGCCGUCGCGAGGAAGGCUUGGCACCAAUUCAUCGCGGGACACAGAUGUAUCUUCUACAUUGAUAAUGUGCCUGCACAAGAUUCUUUCAUCAAGGGCACCUCUGCCAAUCAUCACGUCAGGGACAUAUUGUUGUCUUUCGAGGCGGCCGAAGAGCUAAGUGCUUCUUGGUCCUGGUUCGCCCGUGUUGCCAGCCAGAGCAAUGUGGCCGCUUUGGCAAAGGCUAGACUGCGCGCAUUGAUGUAUAUGCACAAUUUCAUUGAUGCUUCGAGCGAUGAGAGGAUUGGAAAGUUUGAGUAUGAGCAGAUGCAGCAGCAAGAGUAUGUGAAGGCACAGAUUAAGAGAGUGAAGAAGAGCGUGAACACUUCCACGAAGCUUCAUUCGAACAUCUUCAUGGUCAUGUGCAACCUGAUGCCGCUGUUGACUGAUGCAACAAAGCUUUCUACUUCUACUUCUACGGUGAGUAUGGGAUAUGCAAGCUACAUGUUUCCACUUUGCAUGGUUCUUUUGGUGGCGCUUUUCGCUGCACGGGCCUUGGGCCUGAACGACUUUUCGACUUUGCGCUUGAGCAUUGGUUUUCAGUAUGCACCGCAAGCUUUGGAUAUGAAUGGCUAUGUUAUGCAGUGCUUUGCAUUUGCCUUUAUGCUUAUCGGCUUCAUGCAGGGCGUGAGUGCUGAGCAGUACGCAAGCUUGGCAUUGAUGAUCACAUGCGGUGCUCUGUGGAAUGAGAACAGAAAAUUGAGUGCCGGAAGAAGUGUUCGUAACGACACGUGGAGUUUGCUUUCACAAGGGAAACGCGAGCUCGUUGCCUCCAUCGAAUCCAUUGUGCAGCAAGGUGGAGCGCAUGCCAAGGAACUUGAGUGCUUACGGGGCCGUCUGCAGUUCGCCGAGUCGCAGGUGUUUGGUCGUGGUGCGGCCCAAUGCAUGCGAGCCAUCUCAAAAGCGAUGAAACUCUCGGGUUUUGUGGUUCUUGACGAUUCCUUGACUGAGGCCCUACUUUUCUUGAAAGAUCGUGUUUUGCACGGGGAUGCAAGGUUGAUCAAAGCCUGCGAUCGCCCCACCUACCACUUGUUCACAGACGCUUCCUAUGAAGCGGAUGUGUCAGCAGGUCUCGGGGGCAUCCUUUAUAGUGAUGGGGGUUUGCUUCUUAGAUGGUACUCUGAGUCUGUCGACACGGACGUCUUGGAAGCCAUAAACAAAGAAGGCAAGCAAGGUCUGAUCUACGAGUUGGCGGUCGGAUGGACUUUGGCGACGCUUUGUCUGCAGGUUCUAGUCCGCGCGGUGCAAGUGUUGUUUCCGCAGCUUCCCAGGCAUCAGCAGGUGGCAGUUGCCGUGCCGCUCGGCUUGUCGAGCGGGCCAGCCCCUCCACCCAAGGAUCCUGGCCAAAGUUCCAUAUCACAUGUCGGGCCCAAGGCAAAGUCUCUUGGGAAGUCCUGGAAAGCCAAGAUGUCUGACAACAGGCUUGCCGCGCUUGUAAAGUGGGAAAGGAUUGUGGAAGCUCACUCCGAGCACUUUGGCUUUGUGGCCGAAGCCCGCCGUGAGCCUGAGCUGGCUUCGUACUCCUUGCAUGAUGUCUUGAGCGACAUUUUCUCGGUGAAAGCCAGCAGCACUUUGCAUACUCGUUCAGGCCCCCUGCUUCGAUUCCUUAAGUUCUGUCACGAUGAGAAGCAAGCACCAUUUCCUCUUCGUGAGAGCCUGAUUUACUUCUUCCUCAAGCAGUAUGGUUCUAAGCAGGCCCCUACGUUUGCUAGCAGCUUUCUGGGGUCUCUGGCGUUUUGCUACCAUUUGUUAGGCCUGAUGUGUCAAGAUGAGGUUUUCUCCACCAGGGUGACCGGGGCGGCCCGAGGCCUUUUCCUUGAAAAGAGAAAGCUUGUGCAGAAGCCACCGCUUCUGGUUGCAUUCGUUCUUGCCUUGGAAAAUAUUGUUCUCGGUCAGGGCGAAUUUAGCUGGGCGGACAGGUACGCUGCCGGAUGCUGCCUUUUUGCGAUCUAUGCCCGUGCCAGGUUUAGUGAUAUGCAGUCUUGUGGAAACAUCUUUGAGGAUAUUGCCUACAUUGACGGCAAGCCUCACGGAUUCUUGCAAGCCGAUGUCACCAGGACGAAAACUGCAUACACUUUGGAGAGAAAAACAAAGUUCUUAGCAAUGUGCGCCCCGAUCUGGGGCUUGGCUGAGAAGCCGUGGGCAAUCGCUUGGAGAGCUAUCGCUAAGGACCACGGCCCUCCCUGCGAGGAGGACUUGCCCCUGUUGCCCUCUCCCGUGGAGGGUGGGGGAUGGCAGGAAUCUCCUGUCGGCGUUGAGGCUACGGUUCUAAGCUGGGCCGCAAAGUGGGGCAUGUCCAAGGAAUUGCGUAUGAUCUUGGGGUACCACAGCUCCUCUAGAUCCGACAGUGAUGUGGUUUACGGCCGAGACAACGUAGCCCCCGCGCUGCGAGAGCUGGUUUCCAUGCUUCAGUCCAUUGCCCAAGGUACUUUCAGACCGGACGCCACUCGAAGCGGCAUGUUCGUAUCGAUUCCAGUUCCUGCGGAGUCCGGUGAUGGAGAUGACAUAUCUCUCUCUUCUGAAGGCAGCGAAGACGAGGAAAACAAGGACCCCACCGUGGAGGACGAGGCCGUCGAUUCAGUUGUUGGCCUUUGGGAGCCCUCGGAAGGGGUCCGUGAGAAUCUCGAGAAGGCGCCAACUGGCGGAGGCGGCAACAUGGUCAAGGCUGCUGUGGGUUCACUUCGGCAACUUGCUUUCAUAUCCAGCUUUACUCCGGGUCAAGCGGAUGAGGCCCCACUUAUGGCUGCUCUGAAGUCGAUGCUGAGCCGAGAUGCUGAAUUGGCUGUUCAAGCUAGUUUCAGGGCAUUAUACCACGAGGCUUAUGCUAUCGUUACUUCGGAGAUGCGUCAAAAGAUCGAGAAGAGUGAAGAGCCCACGGCAAGGAGGCUCACCCAGCCCGAGCGUGCCGAAAGGCAUGAGAAGCAAGUCGCGAAGCUCGUGGGCGUGCUUAUCAAGGGCCCUUCGGAGCCCAGCGAGGCACUCGUCGAUAAGGCCGUGUCAGCUUAUGAGCAAAAUGAGCUGAGGUACAUUUCUUGGGAAUCUUGCACCUCCCGGGAACAAGAGGUUGCAUCGGAACGCAAGAAGGAUACUCGCUUUACGAUCGAUGAGCACUCAGGGAAGCUCAAAGUUGAGAACAAAGAUGCUGAGGACAAGGCCUCCACUGCUUCGGAGGUCCAUGUGCUUCAGGCUUUGCAGAGGCGAUCACUUGCCCUGGAUCAGGCCAAUCUUCUUGAGCACACCCUGAUGCAGCAACGGUCGGACCGCCUGUUGCGAGCCAGGAUGGACGAUCCGCCGCCCCAGUACAGCCGUCCGUCCUGGAGCCAGCUUGUGGCUGCAGACAAGAAGCUCUUCAGUGAGUUGAGAGACCUGACGAGAGACGGAGUUCAGUCAUCAAGUGGAGGGGUACGCCCGCUCGACAAGCACCUCCCUGCUGUCAUGAUGUCGUACGAUGUGGUCUGCUUGCUCCAGCCCAUGCCUCAGUCGGCCAGUGGGCGGAGCUCCGAUGAUUCCGGCAAGGAGCGCCCCGCUCCCUACACUCCCAAGGGUCCUAGAAAGGGCGCUGGGAAAGGCAAAGAGGGCAAGGGAAAGGGACGCAUGCCUGCACAGCUUAUCGCUUGGGGCUGCACUUCGGCUACCAAGAAAGGAAGUGACCACAUCACUUGUGAUUUUCACUUUAUUUCCAAUUUCACAACGAUUGUUGACAAUCUGGCGGGCGAACUGGCUGGCCCAGGGACCGUGCGGUCUUUUGCUUCGCCUGUGGCCGGGUUUAUCUCUGACGUAUUUCCGACAAGUGCGACUACACGCAGCCACGUUUCGUCGGAGAGCGAUUGUGAUGCUCACCGGCUGGUUGACCGGUUUCCUGCGGCUGGCUCCGCGCUGGACUACGUGGAUGACUCUGCGGAUGGGCGGGCUGUAGCCGAUGCUGCCCUUUGGGCCCGCCUCCAGAGGCUCGAGCAGGAGCGGCGGUCAUUUCCUUGGAGCUCCGCCUCUGAGCAGCAGGGCUGGAUCCGCGUGGUGCGGAAUGGCGUGGAAGAGUCCGUGGUCUCCUGGUCUGGCCGUGUCGAGGAGAUCGAGAUGCGGCUCCGUUCCUGUGGCACGCGUGUCGCUUUGGACGGCGUGUGGCCGCCUCUCGACGGCGGCGCUAAUGGUGUUACGCCGCCUUUACCCGGCGUGGCUGCAGUGGUCUUUUGGACUACCCGACUGCUGAAUGGCUUCGCCUUGGGCUGGACACUUCGGCGUACUGAGGAGCUUAUCAACCAGUGUUUGUCGCUGCGCAUGUCCGAUAGCCCUCAGCGUGACACGACUGCUCUGCUGGAAGAUAUCGAGCCUUCUCUUCAGGGGCUGCUUUGCAUUCCGGCGGCGGUUGCCUCUGUGGGCGACUGCCUCUGUGCAGUCGAUCGGCAUUCGCUUGAGCUGAUCUGCUGGUGGUGGCACGCUGACCUCAGGUGGCACUUGCGUGAGUGGUCACCCGUGGAUUCGGCCGUUGCCUCUCAAGCUUCGGCGACACAGAGUCCUCGGGAUAAGCUGCUUCCGUGGGAGUCUGGAGUGUUCAAGCAGAUCUUCGAAGGGGAGGAUCCUUUGUCUUGGAAGGACAGGUUCGAUCUGCCGGACCCACCGGGGUGGGAUCAUGGCGACGAGGAAACUCUGCUUCCAGCCGAGAAGAAACGCAAGGUAUUGGAUGCUGAUUUCUCGCAAGGCAUUUGCUUUACUGUUGUUCGCAAGACUGAAGGAUUGAGCUGGGAGGAUCAACGGCAACAGGAUUCUGACAAGGCUAUUGCUAGAUGGAUUUUCAUCAUUGUGAAGUGGUCUGAGACGUGUCCUGAUUUGUUGGUAUGCCAAAGUCUGGAUGAAUGCACCGAGAAAGAUCAAAGGAUCAACGUGGUCCAGGAUUGGCUGCAUCCCAAGGCGCCGAGCACUUUGUUGAAGAGAGCCAAUUCUAUUAUGGGAUAUCACAAGGUUGUUGGCUGGGGCGACGGGACUUUUCCUUAUCGUGAGCAAGAUGUGUACCGAUACAUGUCCGAUGCUAAGGCCGGUGGGGCGAAACCAUCACAGCUGAAAGCUCUGCGAGAGGCUAUAAUCUUCGUGCGGCAUGUUUUCAUGGUCCCCCAGCUAGACCGGGUGAUUGAAAGUCGUCGCUGUCUGGGGGCGUCGCAGAGGGGAACUGUGAAGCGUGGCAAGAAGAGGGCUCAUCCGUUCUCCAUUCUGGAAUUGAAGAAGCUCCACCAUUUGCUUGCGGACAAGGAUGUUCCAGCUUGGGACCGCACCUUCGCAGGAGCAGUUCUCUGUUGCACUUACAUGAGAUCGCGUUGGGGGGACUUUCAACAUGCAGUCAGCUUUGAUAUCGAGAUGAACGGCCAGGGGGACAUCAUUUUCUUGGUGUACACUGUUGAGGUGUAUAAGACAGUGAAUUCCAAGUACUUUGCUGGCGAGCCUGUUAGGUUCAUCGCUCCUGGAGUUGGGAUUCUCAGUGACAACUGGCUGCACUUGUGGAAACAGGCUCGUGCGGAGGUCGGACUGUUUACAUUCCUGCCGCCGCUGCCUACGCCCAAUGCUGCUGGCGAGGCCAUGGGGUGUUCGGUCUCUUCUAAAGAGAUCACUGCUUGGAUCCAGAAGGUCUUGGGGCGCGACAAUAACAAAAACACAACAGGACACCUCAUGAAGCGCACCUUCUUGACCAUGGCUGCAAAGCGUGGCGUUGAGCACCUUGAUCGGCUAACCAUGGGUGGUCACGCCAACUCGGCAAAGAUGGCCGACACUUAUGGUGAUGACGAGCUGGCGCGGCCACUAAGGUUGCUCCUGGCGCUCUUGGAGGAAAUCCGCGAAGGUGUCUUCGACCCGGACGCUGGACGUGCGGGGUACAUCUUCGGUGCCGGCCUGCGUGAACGCCGGCUGACGGCGGAUAGGAUGGAGGUCCGCGACCCUGCAGCCGCAGGUGCCUUCGCAGCUGACGCGGGGUCCGAGGCCACAGAUGGUAACUGCCCUGCUGAUCAGUCUGGCAAUAGCAAGGACAGCUUAACCGAGCAAGAUGCGGCCUCGUGGGACCUUCCGCCCCCUGAGCGGUUCACUGACGAUGAUUGGAGAGACUUGGGCAUCUCUCCUCCAAGCCCAGAGCAUGCUGCCGCCAACGAGGAGCCGGAGGCGCCCGACAUUGGCGAUUUGCCGGUACACCCGUGGGACAACUUGAUCGAGGGCAUCAUGUCGCUAGUGGAUUCAGAAGCUGCCUUCACCCAGCGAUGCCAGGAGGUGAAUGCGGGAACCAUUCACACAGCCUUGCGUGACAAUGGUGUCACGACCUUCGCUAGUCUGGCUUAUGCAUGCGGCACACCUCAGGAUCGCCCUACGCAGACCGAGCUGGAUGCGUUCAGUACUAGGAUUCUCGGAGCUGCACCUCGCUUGGGCGACGUCUCGCUCUUGAAGCGACUCAUCUUCGAAUCAUGCACCUUUGUGAUCGCACAGUUACGCCAGAAUGUUCAAGGCGAUGCUUAUGAGACCCCUAAAAAACUCCCCUUGGCUGAAAAAGCAGCUAGAGCGGCCGAUCAGAAACGCCGCUUGGCGGGGGUCCACAUAGAGAGGGACUCUGUUCCAUCUUAUGCCUUGGUGGAUUUGUGCUUCCAUAUGAUCGAGGUCGGGGUGACAUGGAUCAGCCCAGGCCGCUGCACGAGUCGCGAAAGCGAGAUCCAACUCUCGACCCGCGAUCAAACCAAGGUGUUUAAGCUGGAGGAUAACAGCUUGAAAGUCGGAAACGAGGGCCCUGAUGAUGUGGCCUGCUUCGACUCUCCCAUACGGCUUCAGUGGUGUCUUCAAAGGAGAGGCCUUGCACUUGAUCAAGCUCGCUUAAUGUCUUGGCAACAACAUGAGAGGUGGGUGCAUUGCCUCCUCCACGCACUCACGCGCGAGUGCCCUUCAGGGUUCCACAAGCCGGAUAUGAACCGGAUUGUGCAAGCCGACCGGGAGGCAUGGCUCAUUCUUGCAUCGGAGGUGCCGAGUCUCAAGGUUACAGCCGCCGGUGAGUUUCCGCUUGGUGUUGCACUCGAGGCCCUCCGCACCGACCCACGAAUCACCAUGUAUCUUAUGCCGACUUGGGGCCGGCAGCCUGACGUCAAGAUGCCUCUGGAUGUCCCGUCCCCACCAAAGGACGGCGAGGGUUUGUCUCGCUCGGCAAAACGUCGGAGGCGCUUGAAGGCGGCGGCGGCACGGAAUGCCACGCCGCCUGGAAAGUCGACUUCGACCCCAAAAGGGGCACGUGCCAUGCCUGCAGAGUUGAAGGGCACGCACCAGAAAACCGAAGAUGGCAAGCUCAUUUGUUGGGAUCACAACUGCGGCGGCUGCAAGCUCAAGACUGACGGUGUUGAGGCUGGAAGGAUCACUGGCCAGAAUGACGACGGGCUGGGAUACACUUUUUCUCCGGUGCCGGUGACAGCACAGGACCUUUCUUCUGCUGAAUCGCUGGCCGCCCAGUGCCUGAAUCUUGGCUUUGCAAGUUUUGCACAGCUUCGCGAGCUCAGUGCUCGCUUGCCGGCGGACUCUGUGGGGGCACCUUCAGGCCAACCUGUUGCUCCUGCGGAUCCCAAAUCUUUUACUUCUGGAGCCUACGUGCACCACGACAAGAACGGGCUCCGAUCCAAUUGUUUUGCAUUUCCUUUUUCCACACAACUGCUUGCACGCAUAUUGUCGGCUGAGUUUCCUGAUGCCUGUUUUUCUUCAGUGGGCCUAUUCUUCAACUUGAAGGCGCCGCUUCAUUCGGAUCGCAAUAAUGAUCAUCGACACGCCAACCUGUUGCUGCCAGCCUCGCAUUUUUCAGAUGGUCAGGUUUGGGUGGAAGGUCGCGGGAAGCAUCCGUGUCCUGACCUCUCCGCCAAACGCCUUGGUUACCUGCUUGAUGUGGCUUCUGGCCCGCAACAGCUGCCCUCAGAGCGUCUUCACAGUACAUGCCCCUGGACAGGGGACCGCCUGCUCGUGGUGGGUUUCUGCGUUCGUGAUACACAGCGACUCUGUGAACGGGACUGCCACUGGCUGCGGGACUCUGGUUUUCCACUGCCCGGCCCUCCCCAAGAUCAUGCGGCCGCUCCUCGCCAGGUCACUUCAACGACUUCUUCGCCCUCUUUGUCUACCUCUGCGACGCCGCCGCCACAGGCCUCAGCUUCCAUCGCCAAGCGCCGCCGCGUUGCAUAUCGACCUGCCUUGCCAGUGCAUUCUACAGCAACGUCGUCUAGAUCUAUGACGCCAACUACACCGGACGACCAACAUGCUGAUGUAUUGGCUGAGAAGAUCUUCCCGAACAACCUGGCUCCACUUGUUAUCGAAAUCUUUGCGGGCACCGCCCGCCUCAGCACUGUUGCUGGGCGCAUGGGCUUUCGUACUUUGGCGGUGGACCGCUCCUCGCAAAGAACCAAUUUCUCUAUACAACGACUGGACCUUACGUUGGAUGCCGACUUGCAAACGCUGCUUGACAUCAUCAAUCUGGAGGCUGACAACAUUGCUUGGAUCCAUUUGGCACCUCCUUGUGGUACGGCCUCGGCGGCGCGAUCCAGGCCUUUACAUAAGGCUGAACACUACAGCUGCCCUGUGCCUCAACCACUACGCAGUGUCACGGAGCCGCAGGGCCUCUCCACACUGACCGGUGCCGACCGCGAUCGUGUACUCGCUGCCAACAAGUUGUACCGAGCUGUCGGCUGCAUCGUUGACCUCGCCCUGCAGCUUGGUCUUUUCGCGACCGUUGAGAACCCUCUCAACAGCUUGGCUUGGCUAUGCGAUGGCCUCGACCACCUUUGUCGCCGUGAAGAUGGCUACCAACUCAUCUUUGAUGCUUGCAUGCAUGGCGGGGAUCGCGACAAAACUACCUUAUUCUGGUGCUCCGACCCACGCUUUCAGUCGCUGGCAUUGCGUUGUUCCCGUGACCACAAACACGCAUCCUGGAAACCUCGCUUUGUGGAUGGGCAUUGGCAAUUCCCCACUGCUGCGGAGGCGGCAUACCCUUGGCUUCUUUGCGAACGGAUGCUUUACAUUUUGGCUGAGGGUUUUCCUGCAUUGGCUUCAACUUCACAGCAGCCGCGAGCCUGUGAGCAAGUCGCACUGCAGCGACAGCCAAAAUAUGCUAGACCUCUGGUUUCAUGCUACCAAUCACACGACUGCUGGGCUGUACCCGUACGCUCCGCGGACGCUGCGGCACCUCUUUUGAAGUGCUACCCCAAAGGUGCUCGUGUGACGCAACGCAAACUGGUGCAGUGGGGAGCAGUCCGGGUUUGCGCUGCCUCGAAAUAUCCUGGCUUCGACCGACAUAGUUCUGCAGAGUUGCUGGGAGGGACGGCCAAGAUCUAUCAACCUGACACUUCCGAUUUCUCUUUGCUUGCAAGCGAGGAUAAAAACGACGUGUACGAGGUGGUGGGAAUGGUGUGCGAUGACAAUCCUUGUGCGACCCAGGCAGAAAUUCUUACUAUUGGAAUUCCACGUGAACCGGAGGACUUUGUGAAGGCUGCGGUCCAAGCGGGGCACCCUCGCAAUGCAAUACUGGUCAAUCGCCAAGGUCCGGCAAAGGAAAUCGCUGCCAACGUAGUUAUGCCAGCAGAGGAGCGCAAGAAAAGGGCCGAUGAGGCUCGGGAUGCGUGGAAGAAAAUUUCCAAGGAGUCGGCUGAGACCAACGACGCGCUUAUGAAACAAAAGCCCGCGUACUUGGCGAAGGCGCUGGCUGGCAAGAACGUCAUUGCUUGGCAGCGCAUUCUUGAGCGAAAUGGUUUCCCUGACCAGAUGCUUUGGGCUGACUUGCGGGAUGGCUUCCGCUUGACAGGAUGGAUGAGAGAGACCGGAAUCUUCAAGCCUAGAGUCAAAGCACCGGAAUCCUCCCUUGAAAGUCUGCUAGCACAAUCGUCUUACCGAUCUCCCAUGACUAUGAGCCGGAUAACAAACACGAAGCCAGACGAGACGUCUAGGAAGGCGUGGGCUGAAACCCAAGAGGAGGAGCGCAAGGGCUGGAUCUUCGAGGACACUGCCCCUGACUUCAGCAACAUCAUUCUGGCGCACCGCUUCGGACUUGAGCAGAAGAACAAAGUACGGGUGAUUGACAACGGCAAGGAUUGCGGCUUGAACAUGGCUUGCGGGCUGCCAGAGAAGUUCACCCUGCACGGGGUCGACGUUCUGGCGGCUGUCUUCCUUGAGUUGUUGAAUAUGCCACGUGACCGCUUGUUCAGAUUGGUUGGGAAAACAAUAGAUCUUGUCUCCGCUUACAAGUUCUACCCCGUACAUCCUCUUGACAGACAACACUUGAGGAUUGGUGUGUUCGACACGGACAGCAAGAGGGCGCGGAUCUAUGGGACUAAUGUCCUACCUUUCGGUGCCACCGGAAGUGUGGCUGGCUUCCUUAGGGUGUCAGCCGCCGUUUGGCACACUGGCGUCCGAGACAUGGGCUUGGGCUGGUGCGCAUACUUCGAUGAUUUUCCAUUGCUAUCUUGUGAUGGAAUGGAGGAACAGAUCGAAGAAUUCGCCGACGAAGUUUUCGAGGCUCUUGGGAUUCAGUAUGCAAAGGAGGGCAAGAAGGCAACAAAGUUUGAUGCGGUUUUUAAUGCGCUUGGCUUGGCCUUCGACCUGUCGGGAUUCGAGAGCGGAGUCAUCUCCAUCACACAUACCAGCGAUCGAAAGAAGGAGUUGAACGACGUUCUCGCGAACAUCUUGCAGACGGGAAGACUUAGCCCCAAGGAGGCUGAAGUCCUCCGCGGGCGCAUGCAUUGGUAUUCUUCUUACUUGUUCGGACGGGCACCGUGCGAAGCUAUGCACCAACUUUCCUUGAGAGCCAGAGGAAUCGAUGGUUCAUCAGAACUGAGCGCUGAUCUGGAUUGGGCGGUGAGGACACUGCUCCAACACGUCAGUACCUCGAGACCCUUGGAGUUGAGGCAGACUUCCGGGAGAGAGCUCUUCAUUUUUACUGAUGGAUCUUAUGAACCUGGCGCUGGGGUUGUGGCCGGCAUCGGAGGAAUCAUUUACGAUGCCUCUGGCGUCCCGUUGGCUUUCUUCAGCUCGGAGAUCCCUAAGUCUGAUUUGGAAUUGCUGGAGGCUGAAUCCGAGCAUCCAAUCUAUGAAGUCGAACUCUACGCGGUCCUUGUGGCGUUCAUGCUAUGGGCGGAAGUGUUGAGAGAUACCUUCAGCACCUUCUACUUAGACAACGAAGCUGCGCAAUCCGCUUUGAUUGCUGGCCGCUCUGGGACUCGAAACGGACGACGGCUCUUACAGCAGGUCUUAUCGCUGGAACAUGACAAUAUGGCCAGGCCGUGGUUUGGGCGUGUGCCUACCCACUCGAACCCGGCAGACCCGCCUAGCCGACAGAUCGUGGACCAUCUGAUCAGACAGGGCGCGAGGCAGGACGAUGUCGAUUUGGGCUGUCUGCUGCUUGAAAAGCCUCCGGAUACGGGCUGA